AUGAAACAUCUUUGGCCGUUGUUACUGGCAUGGGUCGAAUCUUUGAAAGGAUUAAGACGAGAAGUAUUUUUUCUCAACCUGGAGGACGGUUACUUCGGUUGUCAGGUGAACGAAUCAACGGAUGUUCUGCAAUUGCUCGAACUCUCGAAACUCUGCGAUCACAAAGUCGAUUGUUAUCAGGGUACAGAUGAGCAACGUGAAAGACUCAAGUGUACAGACGAUUGUACGAAAGAAGAUGGUACGAAAUGUUUGAACGGUGUGUGUUUAGAUUCGGUAUGCCAUUGCAACGAUGGUUUUGGUGGUUGCAAUUGUCAAGUUCCAGACGAGAACGAGUGUAAAUACAGACCCUGUGAUAUUUUUGCUCACUGUACGAAUACUCUAGGUAGUUUUCAAUGUUCCUGUUAUCCUGGCUACCAAGGUGAUGGUUUUCAAUGCGAAGAUAUUAACGAAUGCGAAGUGCCAGCUAUAGCGGCACGUUGCGUAGAAAAUGCGGAAUGUUGUAAUCUUCCGUCAAAUUUUCUAUGCAAGUGUAAAUCCGGAUAUAUAGGUGACGGUGAAGUACAUUGCGAGGAUGUUGACGAAUGUACUAUACCUGGUGCGUGUGCUAACAAUGCUUUGUGCCAUAAUAUUCCUGGUAAUUAUACCUGUUCCUGUCAGGAUGGAUUCACGGGAGACCCUUACGACAACUGUAUCGAUAUUAACGAAUGCAAUUACGAAGGAGCGUGCGGUCGUGGUGCAAUUUGCGUUAAUUUGCCUGGUGCACAUAAAUGCGAGUGUCCGGAAGGAUACGACGGUAGCCCCGAAGAUGAGUGCACCGAUGUCGACGAAUGUUUGAGAAAUCCUUGUGGACGUUCAGCACUUUGCACCAAUCUACGCGGAAGUUUUCGAUGUACGUGUCCAGAAGGAAUGGAAGGUGAUCCGUCUACGGGAUGUCACGAUAUAAACGAGUGUGACACGGGCACACCCUGUGGAGCAGAUUCAAAAUGUGUAAACACAGAGGGUAGCUUCGAAUGCAGAUGCCAAAUUGGUUAUCAAAUGGAUUCCACGCAACGUUGCAUUGACGUUAACGAAUGCAUCCAUAACGACGCUUGUGCUGAAAAUGCAAGAUGCAUCAACGUACCCGGUUCAUACAAGUGCAUAUGUCCUCAAGGGUUCAUCGGUCAAGGCAUGACCCUGUGUGAAAAUGUGAACGAAUGCGAGAAAAAUCCUUGCGGUGAGAAUUCCGAGUGCACCGACACAAUUGGUAGCUUCAUUUGCAGCUGUAAAACAGAAUAUACGGGAGAUCCAUUCAAGGGAUGCAGUGAUAUCAACGAAUGUAACGCAUACGAAAAUCCUUGUGGUACCAACGCUAUAUGUAAAAAUGCAAUACCAGGAUAUGAAUGUUUAUGUCCACCUGGUUAUAGUCCAAAACCUACCCCAUCUAUUGCUUGUGUACAGACCGAUGUAACUACCUUAUGCAAAUCAAAUUUCGAUUGUGUUAACAAUGCCGAGUGUAUUGAAGGACAAUGUUUCUGUAAAUCUGGAUUUAAAGCUGUUGGUGCCGAAUGCGAAGAUUUAGACGAAUGUCUUACGAAUCCUUGUGGCCCUUCAUCAAUUUGCACCAACGUAAGGGGUAGUUAUCAUUGCGAAUGUGAAUCUGGUUUUAUUGGAACACCACCUCACGUUCCUUGCAAAGCACCAUGCGAUGAAGUUACUUGCGGUGAACAUGCAUUUUGUAAAGCCGACGUUCACGAAGCUUAUUGUAUUUGCGAAGAUGGUUGGACCUUCAAUCCGAAUGACAUAGCAGCAGGAUGUGUCGAUAUAAACGAAUGUGAUGCAAUAAAUGGACCCUUUGGUCGAUGUGGAAAAAAUGCAAUUUGUACUAACACACCUGGUGGUUUUACUUGUCAUUGUAAAUCUGGAUUUUCUGGGAACGCAUUUAAACAAUGUUUAGACGUCGACGAAUGUUCACGAUCCGACGCAUGUGGUCAUGGUGCUACAUGUUUCAACAACGAAGGUUCCUAUUCGUGUAAUUGUCCAGAAGGGACAAUACCAGAUCCUGAUCCUUAUAUCAAAUGUGUAGGCGUAGUUACGUGUGAGGUUGACGAUGAUUGUCCUGGAAAUUCAAUUUGCGAUCCACAAAAACGUUGUUUAUGUCCAGAACCUAAUGUUGGAAACGAUUGUAGACAUCCUUGCGAAGAUUUGUCUUGCGGACCGAAUGCACAUUGCAUGUUGUUAAACGACAUUGCAACUUGUCUUUGCAGUAAUGGAUACACAGGAAAACCUGGUGUCAAAGAUGGUUGCAGGGAUAUAGACGAAUGUGCAAUAAAUCCAUGCCCACAGGGUGCAGUUUGUAAAAACGAAGCUGGUUCUUUCUCGUGUGAGUGUCCAAGAGGUACAGCAGGAGACCCCUAUAAUGGUGAUUGUCGGGAAUCAAACGUGCCACACGUGUGUGGUCCUAGCACACCUUGUCCAGCUGGUGAACAGUGUAUCAAGGACGAAUUUAUUGGUAGUAGCGUUUGUAUAUGUCAACGUGGUUAUACGAGAGAUAGUGAAACUGGUAAAUGUAGAGAUAUAAACGAAUGCAUGGAACUUAGGGAAAAACCAGCUUGCGGUGUAAAUGCUAUUUGUAAAAAUUUACCUGGAAGUUAUGAAUGUCAGUGUCCAUCUGGAUUCAACGGCAAUCCUUUUUCACUUUGCGAAGAAUGCAACAGCAUUGAAUGUCAAUGUCAACCACCUUAUAAAAUUGUCAAUGGUAAAUGUAUGUUAGCCGGUUGUUCGAAGGGUGAGAAAUGUCCUAGCGGUGCCGAAUGCAUAACAAUCGCAGGUGGUGUUAGUUAUUGUGCUUGUCCUAAGGGUUACACAACUAAAGCAGAUGGUUCUUGCGAAGAUAUAAAUGAAUGUAUCGAUGGUCAUCAAGUCUGUGGUUAUGGAGCAGAAUGUAUUAAUUUAUUGGGUUCUCAUCAAUGCGUUUGUCCUCGGGGUUACGGUGGUGAUCCUUACAACGGGCUUUGUUCUCCAGCUCAAAAGAGAUGUACUACAGAUAAUGAAUGCAAAUCUAACGAGAAAUGUGUACAACCGGGUGAAUGUGUAUGUCCUCCACCAUUCUAUACAGAUCCCUUUGAUGGAAAUCUUUGCAAGAACCCUUGCGAUCGAUUCCCGUGCGGUAUAAACGCUAAAUGUACCCCAAGUGAUCCACCAAAAUGUAUGUGCGUGGCUGGAUAUGAAGGUGAUCCACAGCAUGGUUGUAUCGACGUGAACGAAUGUGCUAAUAAUCCUUGCGGUCCUGGUGCAUAUUGUUUCAAUACGAAAGGUGGUCAUCACUGUGAAUGUCCAAAGGGUAUGGCAGGUGAUCCUUAUACCAAUGGGUGUAACGGUGUAGCUGUUGCAAGAACUGAAUGCACAUCGAACGACGAUUGUGAAAAUUAUCUGGCAUGCGUUCACGGUAGUUGUAUUAAUCCUUGUGACAAUAUACGAUGUGGACCAAAUGCGUAUUGCGAACCUGAUAAACAUGCUGCAUGGUGUCGUUGUGUGAUUGGAUUUACUGAAGGAAGCAAUAACGAAUGCGUAUCGCAAUGCGAUGGUUUCGUAUGUGGUGCUGGUGCCCAAUGUAUUGUCAGUUACGACGGACCAACUUGUAAAUGUAUAGAAGGAUUUAUGGGUAAUCCAUUUCCCGGAGGCCAAUGUGUGCCGGAUGUUUGUUCAGCGGAAAUUCCAUGCGCUGCACCUAGUAUUUGUAUAAGUGGUCGAUGUAAACAUCGAUGUGAAGGCAUCGUUUGUGGUAUAGGUGCAACUUGUGAUCCAACAACUAACAAAUGCGUCUGUAAUCCUUAUUUCGUUGGUAAUCCUGAUCUACUUUGUAUGCCACCUAUUGCACCGCCAACUUGUAAUCCGGACUGUGGUAAAAAUGCACACUGUGAAUAUGGACUUCAAGAAUCUAAAUGUAUUUGUAAUCCUGGAACAAGUGGUAAUCCUUAUCAUGGUUGUGAAAUUCAAUAUAAAUCCGAUUGUUCUACUACCGUUUGUGGCAAAGAUGCUCAUUGCAGUACAGCAACUAAUGCAGUCGAAUGUGUUUGUCCCCCAGGAUAUGCUGGGAAUCCAUAUAUUCAAUGUUUCGAUAUCAACGAAUGUAAUGGAAAUGCAUGUGGUACCAAUGCAGUUUGUAUUAAUACGAUAGGAAGCUAUGAUUGUCGUUGCAAAGAAGACUUUUUUGGAAAUCCUUUUGUCGGAUGUCAACAAGUACAAACGAGUCCUUGUACCGAUCCAUCAAUUUGCAGUUGUAGCGAAGCAUUACCGUGUCCAUUCGAUUAUAGCUGCGUUAAUGGCAAAUGCAUCAAUAAAUGUAACAAUAUCAAAUGUGGUCCUAAAUCAAUUUGUCAAGAUGGAGCUUGCUUGUGUCCACCAGGAUAUACAGGAAAUCCAAAUGAUCAUAUCAAAGGAUGUCUUUUACGGGGUCAUUGUUCCAACGAUUUGGAUUGUGAAACUCAACAAAUUUGUUUCCAAGUUGGUAAAGGCACUCGAAAGUGUGUCGACGCUUGCAGUAAACUUCAGUGUGGACCUAAUGCUUUAUGCAUUACUCAAAACCACGUGUCAUCUUGUUUGUGCAUCGAUGGAUAUCAGGGUAAUCCUAGUAAUCUCGUUAAUGGAUGUCUACCAGCUAAAUCAUUGAUAACACCAGGCUGCGUUGAUGAUUCUGAUUGCCAGACUGGUUUUUCAUGCGUUGUUUUCGACAAUGGUGUUAGAGAUUGUGUAAAUCCAUGUAGUAAAGUCGUGUGUGGUGCUCAUCAAACCUGUGUGCCUGACAUAGUUCCUAAUCAUGCAACAUGUAAAUGCCAAGAAGGAUAUGAAUGGAAUCCAGUGUUGUCUUCUUGUGAGAAACCAUCAGUGCCUAGUUGUAUAUCGGAUGAUGAUUGCCAUAUAACAGAAGCUUGCAGACCUGAUGUACUUGGUGUUCUUAAAUGUGUUCCCGUUUGUUCCGAUUUCACAUGUGUUUUAAAUUCUCAUUGCAUUGCCGAACAUCACCGAGGACGUUGCGAAUGUUUGGCAGGAUAUGUGGGUAAUCCAAAUGAUCGUAGAGGGUGUGUGCAUCCACGUACCAAUAAAUGUUCCAGUGAUAGUGAAUGUCCAGAAGAUCAGGCCUGUAGAUCUACCACGGAAGGUACAUUGACUUGUCAAGCAGUCUGCAACUUUAUUACUUGUGGUCCUAAUGCACUUUGCAUCGUGAACAAUCAUGUUGCCAAUUGUGAAUGUCCACCUGGAUUAUACGCCGGAGAUCCAAAUGAUCGUAGCAAAGGUUGUCUCGAAGUACCAUGCGUAUAUAACAUCGAUUGUCCACUUACGCAACUUUGCAAUCGUCUCACGCACACAUGCUACGACGCAUGUGACGAAAAUGCAUGUGGUAUAAAUGCUGUUUGCAUUGCUGAUGACCACAAAGCGAUUUGCCAAUGUCCUCCUGGCUUAAAACCUAAUCCCGUAGCUGAUGUUGAAUGCGUUGCGAUAGAAACUUGUAAUCCAAAUCCUUGUCACUCAUCAGCAUUCUGUGUUCCGGGAGCAUCUAACAGUCCUACCUGCCAAUGUCCUCCUAAUUACGUCGGUGAUCCUUAUAGUACUGGCUGCCAACCAGAAGGCUAUUGUAAUAGCAAUAAGGACUGUCCUACACAUUCAACAUGUUAUAAACAUCAAUGCAUCAACCCUUGUGAGAAUGCUUGCGGUGCCAAUUCUGUAUGCGAAGUGAUCAAUGGAGAACCAGUUUGUAAAUGCAUCCAUAGAUUUAUUCCUUCAUCUAAGAGUCCAGAAGAUGGUUGCAUUCGUGCUACAAAUUAUUGCAGCACCGAUACUGAUUGUGUAGAUAGCGUUUGCCUUGACGGACAAUGUACAGCUGUGUGUAGAUCUAUUUCCGAUUGCUCCGAUGGUGAAAAAUGUAUAAAUAAUAGAUGUUCAGUGCCUUGUGUUACCCAUUCUCAGUGUCAGCCUGAUCAAGCUUGUAUGAAUGGAGUCUGCAUUUUGGGUUGUCGAAAUAACAAAAAUUGCCCGUCUUAUGAAUCGUGUAUAAACAGCAAAUGUCAAGAUCCGUGCAAAAAGAAAGAUGUUUGCGGAUCCAACGCUAUUUGCAGUUGCGUCAAUCAUGCAACAAUAUGUUCCUGUCCAUUAGGAUUUCAAGGUAAUCCAAUCCCAGAACAAGGCUGUGUCAGAGUACCAAAUUCGUGCGAUGGUCCACAAAAUUGUCCAAGUCAGCACGUUUGUGUUUCUGGAUUAUGUCAGUGCCAAUGUAAAGAACAAAAUAAUUGUGCUAAAGGGGAGCGUUGUAAAAAUGGCGUAUGCGUAAAAGUAUGCUACAGUGAUAGUAAUUGUUUGCCUGGUGAAUUGUGCGUGGAUGGAACGUGCGAAGCCGGUUGUUCAUCCGAUGCCAGUUGUAAGUCGGAUGAAGUGUGUAUUAAUAAUAAGUGCAGGUGUAGUCAUGGAUUCAUCGAUGGUCCUGAACAUUGUUUAGAUAUAAAUGAAUGCGAAGAACAUCCAUGUCAUCCUAGUGCAGAAUGCGUUAAUCUUCAUGGUUCAUAUCGUUGCGUAUGUCCACAAGGUACCGCAGGUGAUCCAGUAAUAUCAGGAUGUGUGAUACCACAUCAAUGCACUUUAGAUACAAAUUGUCCAGAAACACAAUCCUGCAUUCAGCAUAACUGUUCAGACCCAUGUUCUUUUGUUGAUUGUGGCUUAAAUACUAUUUGUACUGUUGUCGAUCACGCAGCUACUUGUCAGUGUCAACCAGGAUAUAUUGGUGACAGUAGUGGUUGCUUUAAAGUAGAAUGUUUAACUAACAAUGAUUGUCCAUCUGAUAAAUACUGUAAUCAGGAAACCAAUAAGUGCAGUAGUCCUUGCAAUCAAGUAAAUUGUGGCUAUGGUAAUUGCGUAUCAAUCGAUCACACUGGCAUUUGUAAAUGUUAUCCCGGUUUUGUUCUUGUGGAUGAUAUUUGUGUCGAUAUCAAUGAAUGCCUGCAAAAUGCAUGUCACGCAACAGCAAUCUGUCAGAACACAGAAGGAUCGUACAUUUGCGUUUGUCCACAUGGAUUGGUGGGUGAUCCAAUUCAAUCAGGUUGUAAGCAACCAGGUGAUUGUUUCGCGGAUUCUGAUUGCCCUGCUACAGCUGCUUGCGUUGAUAACAGGUGUACGAAUCCUUGCGAUGCAUCAAAGGUCUGUGGGAAAAAUGCUAAAUGUUUCGCACGAGGACACAUACCAAUUUGUAAAUGUCCCGAUCAAACAACCGGGGAUCCGUCAGUGGAAUGUAUUUCUUUGGAAUGCAACUAUCACAGUGAUUGUGGUCAAUCGGAUGCAUGCUUCAAUCAUAAAUGCGUAGAUCCAUGUUCUGUUUCAAACGUUUGUGGACAUGGAGCUGAUUGUUCUUCACUUAAUCAUAGUGCAGUUUGUACUUGUCAACCUGGUGGAACAGGUGAUCCUAAUCUCGGUUGUACACCAGUACAAUAUUGUAAAACAGAUUCACAGUGUGCAACGGGUUCAGCUUGUAAUGGUGGUAUAUGUACAGCACUUUGUAGUAGUACAAGGGAUUGCAUUGGAGAUCAACUUUGCAUUAAUGGACUUUGUCAACCUACGUGUAAAAGUAAUUCUAGUUGUCCAGACUAUCAAUAUUGUCAUAAUAAUAUUUGCAUUCAAGAAUUACGUUGUAUAUCUGACGAUGAUUGUUCUUACGAUGAAAAAUGUAUUAAAAAUAAUAUCGGACAAGCCGAAUGUCGUAAAGUAUGCGAUUUAACAUUUUGCGGACGUAACGCCGAAUGUAAAUCUGACAAUCAUGUUGCUUCGUGUUCUUGUCAAUCCGGUUUCUUUGGUAAUGCUAAAGACGAUAAAAUAGGCUGUCAGCCUAUAGAAUGUGAAACAAAUGAUGAAUGUAGCGAUGAAAAGAUUUGUGAUUUGUACAAAUGCAGAAUUGCUUGUCUUGCACAUAAUCCUUGUGGAGUGAAUGCUAUUUGUACUGCAGAAAAACAUACUCAAAUUUGUACAUGUCAUCCCGGAUAUACUGGAGAACCGACACUAGGUUGCACAUUAGUUGAUUAUUGUGCAAAUGCACCAUGUGCGCCUGGAGCCUUAUGUGAAAAUUCUCGAGGAUCUUACAAGUGUCACUGUCAACCUGGCACUAUUGGUGAUCCUUAUAACAGUGGUUGUCAACAACCUGUUGAAUGUUUACAAGACGAGGAUUGUCCAUUAACAGCAAAAUGUAUUAGUGUUAACAAUAUACCUAAGUGUUUCGAUGUCUGCGGAAAGAUACAGUGCGGACCAAAUGCAGAUUGCGUUGCAACUAAUCAUGCAGCUAGUUGUCAGUGUCGAACCGAUUACGAAGGAAAUCCUAACAGUCUGAGUAUUGGAUGUCGUCCUAAAUCUAUUCUCUGUUCGUCAGCUAAUGAUUGUUUGGCCAACACUUAUUGCUACGAGGGUAUUUGCCGACCAUUGUGCCAAUCCGACGAAGAAUGUAACUUAUCUGACGUAUGUUUAAACGGACAAUGCUUAGAUCCAUGCGACAUAAGAGCAGCAUGUGGCAUCAAUGCGGAAUGCAAUGUAAGAAAUCAUAUCAAACAGUGCAGUUGUCCACUUGGAUUUACUGGUAAUUCUGAAGUGGAAUGUGUAAGACUACCGGUUUCUUGCAGUGGUAGCAACGAUUGCAAUGAAGGUAAUACUUGUCGUGAUAACGUAUGUUUGCCAAUAUGUUCAACGGACAACGAAUGUGCAUUUAAUGAAAAAUGUAUUUAUGGAAAUUGUUUGUUAACCUGUCGACUUGAUAACGAUUGUUUCCUUGGCCAUAUUUGUUUGCAAAAUAUGUGCUCCUUCGGAUGUCGCGUGGAUGAGGAUUGCAAUGCAAAUCAAGCAUGCAUUUCAAACAAGUGUGCCAAUCCGUGCGAAGUUACACCAUGUGGACCAAAUGCAAAAUGCACUGUUUUUAAUCAACGAGCUACUUGUUCUUGUCCUUCUGGAUUUAUACCAAAUCCAACAGCUAAAAUUGCUUGCUUAAGAUUACCAGGAAGAGUAUGUCAAGCGAACAGAGAUUGUGAUACAGGAACAGCAUGUAUUUCUGGAAUUUGUACACCUGUUUGCUCUACAAAUGCAAAUUGUUUGAGUAACGAACGGUGCGAUAGUUCAGGAAUUUGUAAAUCACUUUGUAGAAGAGACGAAGAUUGCAGGAGUGGUGAAAUUUGUGAAGGACUUAUUUGUACUAUUGGCUGUCGCUCUGAUAUCGAAUGUCAAGAUAAUUCUGCAUGCAUAAACAAUCAAUGUACAGAUCCUUGCACCUUAUCAGAUUCAUGCGGAGUUAAUGCAAAAUGUACAGUUAUUGACCAUCACAAAGUAUGCACUUGUCCUCCGCGAUUAGUUGGAGAUCCAUUCGUAGGUUGUAAACAGGCAUUCCUUCCUUGUGCAACUGAACAAGAUUGUUUAUCUGGGCAAACAUGCUACGGGAAAUCUUGCUACACGAAAUGCAGAAGUGACGUGGAUUGUUUGAACGACGAACGUUGCGAUAAUGGAAUUUGUAAAGCAAUUUGUAACAACGACGGGCAUUGUGCUAAUAAUCAAAUUUGUCAGAAUCGUUUGUGUAAUAUCGGAUGUCGCAAUGAUAACACUUGCGCUAAGGAUGAGUCUUGUUUGAAUAACCAAUGCCGAAAUCCUUGCGAAGGUGGUAAAGCAUGCGGCGAAUGUGCUGGUUGCCGUGUAGUUAAUCACGUAGCACAAUGUAGUUGUCCAGCUAAUUAUUACGGCAACGCAUUGUUAGGUUGCAUGAAAUCUAUGAUUCCUUGCGAUCAUACUUGUGAAUGCGACGAGAUAGGAUUCUGUAGUACAAGUUGCACUAGCCAAAGUCAAUGUACUUGUGGAGAAGUUUGUCAUACAGGAAAAUGCAGAGUAAAAUGUGACAGUAAUAAUCUUUGUCCUAAGGGAUAUAUAUGCGAGGCAGGAUUAUGUAUGAUUGGUUGUCGUACACAUUCAGAUUGUCCAUCUUCUUUAUCCUGUACAAGCGGACAGUGUAUCGAUCCUUGCUCAUCAAAUGGAUCUCCAUGUGGAAUAAAUGCACUUUGUCGUGUUUCUAAUCACCGAGCUGUUUGCUUAUGUCCUGAAGGAUAUCAAGGAGAACCAAGCCAAGAAUGUUAUCAAUUAGAAUGUCAUAGAGAUGAAGAUUGUGAAUCGAAUAAGCAAUGCAGCGAAAAUGGUGUUUGUACGAAUCCUUGUUUGCAACAUGGCAUUUGUGGUUUCAAUGCACAAUGCCGGGUUGUUAACAGAAAAGCACAAUGCUCUUGUCCACCUGGACAUUUCGGUAAUCCAAAAGUUAAUUGCAAAAUAGGUGGAGAUAGUUGCUUGCAAAGACAUUGCGGUGUUAAUGCCAAAUGCAGAGAGACAGCUAAUGGUUUUGAAUGUACAUGUGAUCCAGGAUGUCAUGGUAAUCCGCAUGAGGCGUGUUUGUGCGAUGGUGGAGAACUUUGUAAAGAUGUUCAUUGUGGUGUCAAUGCCGCUUGUCGUAUUUAUAAAAAUCAACCGCAGUGUUAUUGUCCACCAAACUUCCCAUCUGGUGAUCCCAUGCACGCAUGUAGCCCUGAUACGAAUCUAGGAGAUUGCAGAACAAUUGGCUGUGGAAAAGGUGCGGAAUGCAUACGGGAUGGUACGAUAUUUGUUUGCCGAUGUCCCCCAGGUACAACUGGUUCACCAGAUAUUGAAUGCACAACAGAACGCGAAUGCACCAGUGACUUAGAGUGCCCUAAUGAAAAAGCCUGCAUAAAUCUGCAAUGUCUGGACCCGUGCGCGUUGCGCGGUGCCUGUGGAAUAAAUGCCCUUUGCCGAGUGGUUCUACAUAAGCCCCGAUGCUCGUGUCCACAGUGUUAUAUCGGUAUGCCUAAUACGGCUUGUCAUCCAGAUCUUAAAUGUGAUAGACUAAGUCCCAGACCUGCACCGAACAUUGAUUGUUCCCAAGACAGCGACUGUCCUGAGAGUCUUUCUUGCCACUCCCAGACAGGGGAGUGUCGCGAUCCAUGUUUAAGUUCUCAAUACAGUUGCGAAGUUAACAAGAGAUGUCAGGUGCGAAAUCAUAGGCCCAUGUGUGUGUGUAAACACGGCUUCGUCGUCAAUGAACUCGGAGAAUUAACAUGUGCACCCGAUACGCUGACUUGCGCGAGAGAUUUUGACUGUCCGUCAAAUGCCGCAUGCGUCAAUGGGAAAUGUCAGAAUCCCUGUAACGUAAGAAAGAAAAAGCCAUGCCCAGACGGUAAAACUUGCGAUGUUUUGGACCACCGUCCUGUGUGCAUUUGCACCCAAAACUGCAAUCCUUCCCUCUCCAUUUGCCUGCGAGACAGUGGCUGCUCUCCAGACUUGGCGUGCCGCAACUAUCGCUGUGUGGAUCCAUGCAGAAACUCCACCUGUCCGGCUGAUGCCCCCUGUUACGUGGAGGAGCACAAGCCUAUCUGCAAGUUCUGUCCCCCCGGCUUUGUGCCAGAUACUAAAUAUGGAUGCAUGAAAGAUCUCAAAUGCUCGACACAUGGUGAUUGUCCUGCCCAGUUGGCUUGUAUAGAUCGACAGUGUUUAAAUCCAUGCACACUUGGGAAUCCUUGUGAUUUUGUUGAAGUUUGUCAUGUCCAUGAACAUAGACCAGUUUGCAUUAAAGACGAAGACAAGGUUGAAGGUUGCCCAUAUUGUCCACCUGGUAUGCAAUGUGACAAAGUUACAAAAACAUGCGUGAGAGCGAGUUGCACUAGCAACAAAGAUUGCCCCCUGACAGAGGCAUGCAUUGGAAAUAUUUGUCAAGAACCCUGUCUAGUUCGGAAUCCCUGCGUAGAACACGCAAUUUGCAUCAACACAAAUCAUGGAACGGAUUGCAGUUGCGAAGAAGAUUAUCACGGAGACGGAUAUAAACAAUGUGAUUUAGUGGAGGAGGGUAAAAAUAUAUGCCACUAUAAUGAAGAUUGUCCACCUAACAAAUACUGCGACAGAUUAAACAGACAAUGUAUCAAUCCAUGUUUGGAAUUAAGUUGUGGUGAAAAUGCUAAAUGUUACACUGACAAUCACGAAGCACAAUGUAAAUGUUUAUCCGGAUACGAGGGAAGACCAGAUAUUGGAUGCAAAGAAACAUCAACUAAUCCGUGCAUUCCUAAUCCGUGUGGUUUGGAUGCUAUGUGUGAAAAUGAUAAUGGAAAUCCUAUAUGUUUCUGUCCAAAGGGUUUAACUGGAAAUCCGUUUGAAGAAUGCAUUCCGGAAGGAGACAAAUGUCAGAAAAAUUCGUGCGGUGCAAAUUCAGGUUGCCGAGUUGUAAACGGUCAAAUGAAAUGUUUCUGCUUACCAGGAUACGAGGGAGAUCCACCACAUUUGCCUUGCGCACUUUCGAAAAAUCCUUGCGAAUCAUCUCCGUGCGGUCCUAACACUCAAUGUACUGUUUUAAGUAACGGAUUUGCCAAAUGUACUUGUUUGUCCGGUUAUAUUGAAAGUCCUAACACAAUCAGAGGAUGCAUACCAAAAUCAAGCGUAUGCGAACUUAAUCCAUGUGGUUUUGGAGCAAUGUGCAAUGCAACUAAAACGCCACCCUGUUAUUGUCCUAAUUUAACUGUAGGAAAUCCUUACAAAAAUUGUUCAGUUCAAUCUAUGGAUCAAUAUGAUCCUUGUUUAGAUUCACCGUGCGGUAAAAAUGCUAUUUGUACGAAUAACAAUGGCGUAGCAAAAUGUAUUUGUAUACCACCAUAUAUUGGAAAUCCUUAUGUGGAGGAUUGCAGAGCCGAAUGUAUAUCCAAUCAAGACUGUUCCAAUAAUCUGGCUUGUUUCAAUCAACAUUGUAGAGAUCCUUGUCCUGGGGUUUGUGGUUCCAAUGCACAUUGUGAAGUAUCUGAUCACAUUCCAGUAUGUUCUUGUUUACCAGGAUACAGUGGAGAUCCUUUCCGUUCUUGUAAAAUAGAAAAACCUCCUCAAAAUCCAUGUUUGCCAUCACCAUGUGGACCGCACAGUAUUUGUCGUAUAAUGAACGAUCGAGCUGUUUGUUCUUGCAGUCCAGGUUAUCAAGGUGUCCCACCUUCUUGUCGACCUGAAUGUCUCGUUAGUUCCGAAUGUCCAGAACAUCUUUCUUGCAUCAACAAAAAAUGUAGCGAUCCGUGUCCAGGUUUAUGUGGAUUAAAUGCUCUUUGCCAAGUUAUCAAGCACAAUCCAUUGUGUACUUGUCCUCCCGAUUAUAACGGGGAUCCAUUCAUACAGUGCAAUAGAGAAGUUCCAGGUUUAAAGAAUCCUUGCUUACCAUCUCCUUGUGGACCAAAUGCCGAAUGUCGUGUACAGGGUGAUCAUCCAGUAUGCACUUGCAUGAGUGGAAUGUUUGGCGCACCACCAAAUUGCAGGCCCGAAUGUUUAAUUCAUCAAGAUUGUCCUAACUCUUUGGCUUGCAUUCAAAAGAAAUGUUUGGAUCCGUGUGCUGGUUCUUGUGGAUUAAAUACAAAUUGUACAGUGCAAAAUCAUCGUCCGAUGUGUCUAUGUUACGAGGGUUACGAAGGAGAUCCUUUCUCAGGUUGCAGUAAAGUUAUCUUACCAAUACCGUUGCCGUGUGAUCCUUCACCAUGCGGUAUAAAUGCUAUUUGCAAAGAAAGAAAUGGAGUAGGUUCGUGCUCAUGUUUACCUGAUUAUACUGGAGAUCCAUACGAAGGAUGUAGACCAGAAUGUGUUCAAAAUUCUGAUUGUAUACCUACGAAAGCUUGCAUUAAUAAUAAGUGCAAAGAUCCCUGCUUAGGUGCAUGUGGUUUAAAUGCACAGUGCCAUGUUUAUAAUCAUCAACCAUCUUGUAGCUGUUUGUCUGGGUACACUGGAGAUCCAUUGAAAUCAUGCCACGAAUUUAUUGAUGUUCCAAAUCCAGAAGAACCAUGCAAUCCAUCUCCGUGCGGUCCUUAUAGUAAUUGCCGUGUGAUAGAUAAUCAUGCCGUAUGUUCUUGCCAACCAGAUUAUGUUGGAAGUCCACCUUCGUGCAGACCAGAAUGUGUGGUUAGUGCAGAUUGUACUCAAAAUACAGCCUGCAUCGAACAUAGGUGUAAAGAUUCAUGCGUGGGUACAUGUGGAUUGAAUGCUAAUUGUCAAGUAGUCAAUCAUAAUCCAAUAUGCAGCUGUACAUCUGGUUAUACAGGAGAUCCAUUUUUCGAAUGCGUCAAAGAAGCUAAAUCACCAGAACAAAAGCCGGGCGAUAAUCCAUGUAUUCCUUCGCCAUGUGGACCUAAUUCUCAAUGUCGUGUAAUUGAUGGAUUCCCAGCAUGUUCUUGUCUACCAAACUUUGUUGGUAGAGCACCAAAUUGUCGUCCAGAAUGUGUAAUAAAUGAGGGAUGCCCUGGUAAUUUGGCAUGUCAAAAUGAACAAUGUGUUGAUCCUUGUCCUGGAUCUUGCGGAGUAAACACGUAUUGUAACGUUAUUAAACAUAAUCCUAUUUGUAUUUGCAACGCUGGAUACACAGGAGAUCCAUUCACAGAAUGUACUCCUAUUAUUGAAAAACCAAUUACUACCGAACAACCUCGUACACCUUGUAAUCCAUCACCUUGCGGUGCAAAUGCAAUAUGCAAUGAAAGAAAUGGAGCAGGAUCGUGUACAUGUCUAUCUGAAUAUAUUGGCGAUCCAUAUAUUGGUUGCAGACCAGAAUGUGUAACAAACAAUGACUGCGAUCGUAGCAAGGCUUGUCUAAAUAAUAAAUGCGUGAAUCCAUGUUUGAAUACUUGUGGCGUAGAAGCUACUUGUAGAGUGGUCAAUCAUGCUCCAGCAUGUUCUUGUAUAUCUGGAUUUACUGGAGAUCCAUUCAGUCAUUGUAUUCCAAUAGAAACAACAUCUCCAUUGGUACCAACAAAUCCUUGCGAACCAUCACCUUGUGGUCCGAACAGUAAUUGUAGAAUUCACAAUGGCCACGCAGUAUGUUUAUGCCAACCAGGAUUUAUUGGAAUACCUCCUUCGUGUCGUCCGGAAUGCAGCGUUAGUUCUGAAUGUUCGCAAAACAAAGCAUGCAUCGAUAAUAAAUGUACGGAUCCUUGUCCAGGAACGUGUGGACAAAAUACCAAAUGUUUCACAGUAAAUCAUAAUCCUAUUUGUACCUGUGCAACUGGAUAUACGGGUGAUCCAUUCUCUGGCUGUUUACUCAUAGACGUAAAAUCACCACCGACUGUAGAAAAUCCAUGCGAUCCGAAUCCUUGUGGUCCAAAUUCUCAAUGCAGAGUUAUAGGAUCACAACCGGCAUGUUCAUGUUUGUUGAACUAUAUCGGACGUCCACCAAACUGUAGAGCAGAAUGUACAGAUAAUUCUGAAUGUUAUAAUACUGCAGCUUGCAUAAAUCAGAGAUGUAGUAAUCCGUGCCCUGGAGCAUGCAGUGAACAAGCAAUAUGUAAUGUUCAAAAUCACGUUCCAAUUUGCACUUGUCCUGACGGUUACGAAGGUGAUCCAACCUUAGGUUGCAUACUGUCUUCUUCUCCAACAACUGGAAAAACUAUAAUAAAUCCUUGUAUGCCAAAUCCUUGUGGACCAAAUGCACAAUGUCGAGAAAGAAAUGGUGCGGGAGCAUGCAUUUGUCCAUCUGAUCUAAUUGGCGAUCCAUACGACAACGUGAAAGGAUGUCAUAAGGAAUGUGAAUCAAAUACUGAUUGUGCACCUCACCUGGCAUGCAUUGGAUUUAAAUGUUCUGAUCCAUGUCCCAAUACGUGUGGUGUUUUGUCUGUAUGCAAUGUCCAAGCACAUGUUCCAGUUUGUACUUGUCCACCUGGAUAUACAGGAGAUCCAUAUUCAGCUUGUGAAAUAGAACAAAUACGUGCUCCACCGAUAGAUCCAUGCUCGCCAUCACCGUGCGGACCCAAUAGUAAAUGUCGGGAAAUCAAUGGUCAAGCUGUUUGCACGUGUCUACCAGAUUACAAGGGUAUACCACCAUCAUGCAGACCAGAAUGUGUAGUUAAUGCAGAAUGUCCAGAACAUCUUGCAUGUAUAAACAAUAAGUGUGCGGAUCCUUGCCCUAAUAGUUGUGGAUUGAAAGCACAAUGUACCACGAAAAAUCAUAAUCCAAUAUGUAUUUGUCCUGUUGGUUUCACCGGUGAUCCGUUUACCUUGUGCUCUUUUGAUGAAACCACUAAACAAGUUACAGAACGUCCACCAUCUUGUAAUCCAUCUCCAUGCGGUCCAAAUUCACUUUGUCAAAUAAUAUCUGGAAGUCCAGCAUGUUCCUGUCUUCCAAAUUACAUUGGCGUACCUCCGGAAUGUCGUCCAGAAUGUAUUCUAAGUUCCGAAUGUAAGAGUAAUCUUGCAUGUCUCAAUCAAAAAUGUCAAGACCCGUGUCCAGGAUCGUGCGGUGUCAAUGCACAGUGUCAUAUACUCAAUCAUAUACCAGUUUGCACAUGCAUUGAAGGUUUUACUGGUGAUCCUUUCACGCAAUGCACUACUAUACCGCCAACAACAGAGAAACCACAGUCAGGAUUCCUUUGUAACAAUUUACCAUGUGGAUUAAAUGCCAUUUGCAGAGAUGGUGAAUGCGAAUGUUUACCGGGAUACGGUGGUAAUCCUUACGAAGCUUGUAGACCAGAAUGUAUUCUUAAUUCAGAAUGUCCACGCGAUAAGACCUGCAUCAGAAAUAAAUGCAUUGAUCCUUGUCCUGGAACAUGUGGCCAAAACGCUGAAUGCGAUGUUGUAAAUCAUAUACCUGUUUGUUCUUGCAUUACCAGUUACAUUGGCGAUCCAUUUGUGAACUGUCGCUUGCAGCCACAAAUGCCGGAAUCUAAAACGAAUCCAUGCAAUCCAUCACCUUGUGGACCAAAUAGUCAGUGUCGAAAUAUCGAAGAUCACGCUGUGUGUUCGUGUUUAGAAGGCUAUCUAGGUUCCCCACCAUCAUGUAGACCAGAAUGUUUAAUAAGUUCAGAAUGUCCACCGACUCGUGCUUGUGUAAAUAAAAAAUGUACAGAUCCAUGCUUAGGAUCCUGCGGUUUGAACGCAAGAUGUGAAGUUAUCAAUCACUCACCGAUUUGUAGUUGUCUACCUGGACAAACGGGAGAUCCAUUUAAGAGCUGUUUUGUUCAAUACUUAGAACCUAAGGGUACUGGAAAUCCUUGUAAUCCUUCACCAUGUGGUCCAAACGCACAAUGUCAAAUUGUUAAUGAAAAUCCAUCAUGUUCGUGUUUACCAUCGUACAUAGGCACGCCGCCGUCGUGUCGUCCAGAAUGUUUAAUUAAUCCAGAUUGUCCAACAAAUAAAGCAUGCGUAAAUGCUAAAUGCAAAGAUCCAUGUCCAGGAUCGUGCGGUGAGAAUGCAGAGUGUAUUGUAAUAAAUCAUGCAGUUACAUGCUCGUGUACAACUGGUUAUACAGGCAAUCCAUUUGUACAGUGCGUCCUUCGUAAAGAGGAAGAAAUAAAUCCAUGUGUACCAUCACCAUGCGGAUCUAAUGCAAUUUGUCAACAACGUGAAAACACCGGUGCAUGUAUUUGCAUAGAAGAUUAUCAUGGUAAUCCAUAUGAGGGUUGUCAACCAGAAUGUAUUCUCAGUUCAGAUUGUCCAACAAAUAAAGCAUGCAUACGUAAUAAAUGCAAAGAUCCUUGUCCUGGUAUAUGUGGAAUUCAAGCGCAAUGUUCGGUCAUCAAUCACAUUCCAACAUGUACAUGCGUACCUGGAUACGUCGGAGACCCAUUUGCAACUUGCAUACUUCAAUCCGAAACAGUGCCAACAAUUACCGAUCCAUGUUCUCCUUCUCCAUGUGGACCUAAUAGUUUAUGUCGUGUAAUUAACGAACAAGCAGUAUGUUCGUGUCAGACUUCUUUUAUUGGAACACCUCCAAAUUGCAAACCAGAAUGUGUUGUUAAUUCUGAAUGCCCGUUAAAUCGUGCAUGUUACAAGUAUAAGUGUUCCGAUCCAUGUCCAGGAACAUGUGGGGUAGAUGCCAAUUGCAGAGUUAUCAAUCAUAAUCCUUUGUGUAGUUGUCCACAUGGAAUGACUGGAGAUCCAUUUUCAAGAUGUUAUACUAUUGCAAUAAAUUUACCGGCACCCAUGGAUGGCAAUCCAUGUAUACCAAAUCCAUGUGGCUUGUAUUCCGAAUGUAAGAUAGUUGAUGGUCGAGCAGCUUGUUCUUGUCAAAAUAAUUAUAUUGGACAGCCACCUAACUGCCGUCCAGAAUGUGUUGUGAAUACUGAUUGUCCAUCGAACCAAGCAUGUAUCUCUGAGAAAUGUAGAGAUCCAUGCGUUGGAUCUUGCGGGCAAAAUGCGGAUUGUCGGGUUCAGACUCAUAUUCCUACUUGUCUAUGUCAAUCAGGUUAUACCGGAGAUCCUUUCACAUUAUGCUCACCGAUUACAGUACAACCAAACAUACCUGCUGAUUUAUGCAAUCCAUCACCUUGCGGACCUAACGCUGAAUGUGACGCAGGCGAGUGUACCUGUUUUGCCAAUCACUUUGGAGAUCCAUACGUUUAUUGCCGACCGGAAUGCACUAUGAAUUCCGAUUGUCCUCGUGUUAAAACUUGUAUAAAUCAACGUUGCGUCGAUCCAUGUCCAGGAACAUGCGGUACAAAUGCUCAAUGUAACGUUGUCAAUCAUAUUCCAAUGUGUAGCUGUUCAGCUGGAAAUACUGGGGAUCCGUUUAGUUUCUGUCGACCAUAUUUGCCAGAUGGUAUGCAUCAGAAAGAUUAUAAAAUGGGAAAACAAACUUGUUCACCAUCACCCUGUGGACCUAACAGCAUCUGUAAAAUCGUCAACGAUCAUGCAGUUUGUUCUUGUCAGCCAAGUUUUAUCGGUAGUCCACCUUCUUGUCGGCCCGAAUGUGUCGUUAGCGCGGAAUGUCCACUAACCCAAGCGUGUCUUAAUGGAAAGUGUAAAGAUCCAUGUCCAGGAACAUGCGGGCAAAAUACAAAAUGUCAAGUUGUCAAUCAUAAUCCUAUAUGCAGUUGCUCGGAAGGAAAUACUGGUGAUCCAUUUAGCAGAUGUUAUCCUCUCCCAAGCGUACCACCACCCCCUACAAAUCCUUGCAUGCCAUCACCUUGCGGACCGAAUGCUGAAUGCCAUGUACGAGGUGAAAGUCCAGCGUGUUCCUGCAUGCAGAAUUACAUCGGCAUACCACCAAAUUGUAGACCAGAGUGUACCAUCAAUCCAGAGUGUCCAGCUCAUCUAGCGUGUAUACAACAAAAGUGUCGUGAUCCGUGUGUUGGUUUGUGUGGUGUAAAUGCUCAGUGUUCUGUGGUUAAUCAUCACGCGGUUUGUACGUGUCUAGCUGGUUUCUCUGGAAAUGCAUUCAGCGUUUGUGAACCUGUUCUCAAGGACACCCCGUUAGAUAUCAGGAAACCAUGUGAGCCUUCCCCAUGUGGCGCUAAUGCGAUCUGUCGUGAAAACAACGGCGCCGGCUCAUGUUCCUGUAUACCGGACUACUUAGGUGACCCUUACCAAGGAUGUAGACCCGAAUGUACUCAAAAUUCCGAUUGUCCCUCUACAAUGGCCUGUAUGACCCUGAAAUGCAGAGACCCGUGCCCAGGAACUUGUGGAUCAAAUGCCAAAUGCUACCCCAUUAAUCAUCUGCCCACUUGUACCUGUAAUCCAGGAUAUACCGGAGACCCAUUCAGGCACUGUACCUUAGAUAUCACCGCCCAUUCAAAUCCAUGCAGUCCAUCACCUUGCGGAUCAAACAGCAAAUGCAGAAAUAUAAAUGAUCAUGCUGUAUGUACUUGUCUCCCAAAUUAUAUUGGCACCCCACCCAACUGCCGCCCAGAAUGUAUCGUGAACAGUGAAUGUUCGAAGGAAUUAGCAUGCAUUAAUCAAAAAUGUGCAUCACCUUGCACAGAUACUUGUGGAAUCAAUACUCAAUGCAGAGUUAUCAAUCAUAGUCCCAUUUGUAGUUGCAAUUCUGGUUAUACUGGAGAUCCAUUCACCAAAUGUUUCCCCGCUCCAUGUAAGAGAAACAAUCAGAAUCCUUGCGUGCCUUCGCCAUGCGGUCCCAAUAGUGUUUGUCGCGAAAUAAGACAACAGGCUGUUUGUUCUUGCGUGUCAGGAUUUCUUGGUGCACCACCUGCAUGCAGACCAGAGUGUACUAUCAGUUCUGAUUGUCAACUAACGGAAGCUUGCAACAAUCAAAAAUGUAUCAAUCCUUGUCCUGGUUCUUGUGGCUUUAAGGCCAUUUGUCAUGUCGUCAAUCACAACCCUCUUUGUAGUUGUCCACCGGAAAUGACUGGUGAUCCAUUCGUACAAUGUCUUAUUAAACCACCAGAACCUGUUAUACCAGAAAAUCCGUGCCAACCAUCUCCUUGCGGUGCUAAUGCUGUAUGCCAAGUGAUAAAUGAUGCCCCAUCUUGUGCCUGUUUACCAGAAUUUAUAGGUUCUCCACCUAAUUGUAGACCAGAAUGUAUCAGUAAUAGCGAAUGUUCAAGUAAUUUAGCAUGUAUAGGACGAAAAUGCAAAGAUCCCUGUAUCGAUUCUUGCGGAAUAAAUGCAGAAUGUCGCGUAGUCAGUCAUACGCCAAUGUGCGUUUGUCCAAUCGAUUACACAGGAGAUCCAUUUAUUCAGUGUACGAAAGAUACACUCGUUACACCUGAAUUAUCACCGUGCGAACCAUCACCUUGUAGUUACAAUGCAAUCUGUAAAGAACGAAACGGUGUAGGUGCUUGUUCUUGUCUACCAGAUUACAUUGGUAAUCCUUACGAAGGUUGUCGACCGGAAUGUGUAGUUGAUACAGAUUGUUCACCCAGUCUCACAUGUAUACAAUCCAAAUGUCAGAAUCCUUGUCCAGGCACUUGUGGUCAAUUUGCCGAAUGUCAAGUGAUCAAUCAUCAUCCUUCUUGCACUUGUAUCUCUGGAUACACUGGAAAUCCUUUCCAUUAUUGUACCAAAUUCGAAUACAAAGAUCCAUGCGAUCCCUCACCUUGUGGACCAAAUAGUCGUUGUCGAUCUAUUAAUCAACAAGGAAUAUGUUCUUGCUUACCAGAAUAUAUUGGUAGCCCUCCAAAUUGUCGUCCUCAGUGUGUCAUCAAUUCAGAAUGUCCGGUAAAUCGUGCUUGCACGAAUCAAAAGUGUGUAGAUCCUUGUUUGAAUACUUGUGGUACUGCAGCUACUUGUAACGUCAUCAAUCACAGUCCAAUUUGUGCUUGUCAGCAAGGUUUUACUGGAGACCCAUUCACAAGAUGUUUCCCCUUACCACAAUCUUUGCCAUCACCUAUACAUAAUCCUGAGCCAUGUUUACCUUCACCGUGUGGCCCUUACGCAGAAUGUCGCGUUAUUAACGGAGGUCCUUCUUGUCAAUGUUCACCCACUUAUAUAGGAAGUCCUCCUAAUUGUAGACCAGAAUGUACAGUGAAUUCAGAUUGUUCGAGCAACAAAGCUUGUAUUAAACAACGUUGUGUUGAUCCUUGCUUAGGUUCUUGUGGAAUAGGAACACAAUGUACAGUUGUUAAUCAUGUUCCAAUGUGUACGUGCCUUCAAGAUUAUACAGGAGAUCCAUUUUCGAAUUGUUAUCCAUCUCCAGCACCCUUGCCAUCACCAGUUAAAGAUCCAUGUAAUCCAACACCUUGCGGACCAAAUGCUUUAUGCAAUGACGGUAUAUGCAUUUGUUUGGCAAAUUAUCAAGGAGAUCCCUAUGUCAGUUGCCGACCAGAAUGUGUUCUUAAUAGUGAUUGUCCUAUGACCAGUGCAUGCGUACGAAAUAAAUGUAUAGAUCCUUGUCCAGGGAUAUGUGGACGAAAUGCCAUUUGCAAUACCUUCAAUCAUAUUCCCAUUUGCAGCUGUCCAUCUAAAAUGAGUGGUAAUGCAUUCAUAUCGUGCGAUUUUGUUAAAGAACCAGCAUCAUUAAAUCCAUGUAGCCCAUCUCCAUGUGGUCCUAAUAGUCGAUGUAGACCUAUGAACGGUCAAGCAGUGUGUUCUUGUGUGCCAGGCUAUCUUGGAAGUCCGCCAACAUGUAGACCUGAAUGUACAGUUAGUUCAGAUUGUCCAAGAAAUCAAGCUUGUAGUAAUCAGAAGUGCAUUGACCCAUGCGCUGGUACCUGCGGUCUUAAUGUCAAUUGUCAAGUUAUUAAUCACAAUCCUGUUUGUAAUUGUCCUCCAGACUAUACGGGUGAUCCAUUUACUAGAUGCGAACCAAUCAUUACUUCUCCGUUACCUCCGGAAGAUGAAUGCCCAUCUUGUCAAUGUGGUCCUAAUUCUCUUUAUCAAACAAUCAACGGUAAAUCUUCGUGUGCUUGUCAGCCUGGUUUCAUAGGGUCUCCACCUAAUUGUAGACCAGAAUGUGUUAGCAAUAGCGAAUGUACUAGCUCUUUGGCUUGUAUUAAUCGUAAAUGUCAAGAUCCUUGUCAAGAUUUCUGUGGUUCCAAUACAGAAUGUCGCGUAGUUAGUCAUACAGCUAUGUGUGCUUGUCAAAUAGGACACACCGGUGAUCCGUUUACAGAAUGCAUAGAAAAACAACCUGAUAUACAACCUGAACCAUUAUCUCCAUGUUUACCAUCACCAUGCGGUUCCAACGCUAUAUGCAAGGAACAAAAUGGUGUAGGAUCUUGUACAUGUGUAAAUAAUUAUAUCGGAAAUCCUUACGAAGGUUGUCGUCCAGAGUGUACGAUCAAUUCGGAUUGCUCGUCCAAUUUAGCUUGUAUAAGAUCCAAGUGUCAAAAUCCUUGUCCUGGCACAUGCGGUCAAAACGCCGAGUGUAGUGUCAUUAGUCAUUUACCAAGUUGCACAUGCAUAUCUGGAUUUACGGGUGAUCCCUUUAAUUAUUGCCAUCCGCAGCCACCAUCUCUAAUCGUUGUCAAAGAACCAUGUAAUCCUUCCCCUUGCGGGCCCAAUAGUCAAUGCCGUGUGAUAAAUAAUCAAGCAGUUUGCUCAUGUCUUCCUGAAUAUGUUGGUAGUCCACCAAGUUGUAGGCCAGAAUGUGUCUUAAGUUCAGAGUGUUCUCUAAAUCAAGCAUGCAAAAAUAAAAAGUGUGUGGAUCCCUGUAUUGGUACUUGUGGCGUUAAUACAAUUUGUAAGAUUGUUAGCCAUAGCCCAAUUUGCGCUUGUAAGAACGAAUUUACUGGUGAUCCUUUUACUGUUUGCUUCCCCAUGCCAAAGAAUCCAAUUGUAACGACAUCAGUUCAAAACUCAUGCGUGCCAUCCCCAUGUGGCCCAUAUUCGGAAUGCCGCGAUAUUGGAGGUUUCCCAUCAUGUGCGUGCUCUACAAAUUAUAUAGGAAGUCCACCGAAUUGUAAACCAGAAUGCACGAUUAAUUCUGAAUGUACUAGCGACAAAGCAUGCAUGCAAGAAAAAUGUAGAGAUCCUUGUCCUGGUUCAUGUGGAUUGGGUGCAGUUUGCGAUGUGAUCAAUCACACGCCAGUUUGUACUUGUCCCAAUGGUUUCACGGGUGAUCCUUUUAAUAAUUGCCAAUUAAUGCCAAUCCAACUUGAUCCUUGCAAUCCUACACCUUGUGGAACAAAUGCAGAAUGUAAUAAUGGUGUAUGUAUUUGUUUAUUGGAGUACCAAGGAGACCCAUACACUCUCUGUAGACCUGAAUGUGUUCUGAAUAAUGACUGUCCAUUUGAUAAAUCUUGCAUUCGUAACAAAUGUACAAAUCCUUGUCCUGGUACAUGUGGACAGAAUGCAAUAUGUAAUGUGUAUAAUCAUAUUCCUAUGUGUAGUUGUCCAGAACGAAUGUCAGGAAAUGCUUUUGUCCUUUGUUCAGUUAUGCUAGAUAUUGAAAGAGAUCCUUGCAAACCUUCACCUUGUGGUCCAAACAGUCAAUGUCGAGUUAUAAAUAAUCAAGCAGUAUGUUCAUGUGUGCAAGGAUAUUUAGGAAGUCCACCAUCGUGCAGACCUGAAUGUGUUCUCAGUUCAGAUUGUCCACGAAAUUUAGCUUGCAGUAAUCAGAAAUGUAUAGAUCCUUGUCUCGGUAGUUGUGGUAUUAGAACAACGUGUCAAGUUAUCAAUCACAAUCCUAUAUGUAGUUGUUUGUCAGGACAUACAGGAGAUCCAUUUUCAAGAUGCACUUUAAUAAUUGAGGAACCAGUAAAAGUACCAACGAAUCCAUGUCAAUCAUCAGUUUGUGGUCCAAAUUCACAAUGUCAAGUUGUGAACGAUUUACCUUCAUGUUCUUGUCUUCCCGAAUUUAUUGGAUCACCACCGAACUGUAGACCUGAAUGUAUCAGUAAUAGCGAAUGUAACAACAAUCUUGCUUGCAUCAAUCAAAAAUGCAAAGAUCCUUGUCCAGGUUCUUGUGGUACUAACGCAGAUUGUCGUGUUGUGAGUCAUACACCUAUGUGUGUUUGUCAUACUGGAUAUAGUGGUGAUCCGUUUACGCAAUGUAUCUUUAAAGAACCAUCAUUAAAUGAUCGUGUCACAUCUUGCAUACCGUCACCAUGUGGACCAAAUACCGUUUGCAAAGAACAAAAUGGUGCUGGUUCUUGCACCUGUUUAUCAGGAUAUAUUGGAAAUCCAUAUGAAGGUUGUCGUCCAGAAUGUGUUCUUAAUUCGGAUUGUACCUCUGAUCUCGCGUGCGUUAGAACAAAAUGUCAGAAUCCAUGUCCUGGAGCAUGCGGACAAAAUACGAUGUGUAACGUAAUUAAUCAUUUGCCUGCGUGUACGUGUAUUCUUGGAUAUACAGGAAACCCGUUCACAUAUUGUUCACCAAUUUUACAAAUCGAUACGAUUAAAAAAGAACCGUGCAAACCAUCACCGUGUGGUCCGAGCAGUCAGUGUCGUGAAAUAAACGAUCAAGCAGUUUGUACUUGUUUAUUGGGAUAUGUAGGAAGUCCUCCAGGAUGUCGUCCAGAAUGUGUCAUGAAUUCGGAAUGUCCAUUUAACAGAGCUUGCGUAAAUCAGAAAUGCAUAGAUCCGUGCCCAAAACCUUGUGGUACAAAUACGAAUUGUGUGGCAUUAAAUCACAGCCCUAUUUGUACGUGCAAACAAGGAUAUACAGGAGAUCCUUUCACGAGAUGUUUCCUUUUAUCAACACCAUCCGUUAAUCCACCAACACCACAGAAUCCAUGUUUCCCUUCACCUUGUGGACCAUACGCACAAUGUCGCGAAAUUGGUAGUAUACCUUCCUGUUCUUGUCUUUCAAAUUACAUCGGUAGUCCACCAAAUUGUAGACCCGAGUGUACCAUUCAUUCUGAUUGUGCUAGUGACAAGGCAUGUAUUAAUGAAAAAUGUCAGGACCCUUGUCUCGGAUCUUGCGGUAUUUCAGCCAUUUGUACGGUCAUCAAUCAUACACCUUCAUGUUCUUGUUCAAAUGAUUACACUGGUGACCCAUUCAAUAAUUGUUAUUUUAAACCCGAAGAAAAACCACAGUUAGAAGCAGAUCCUUGUUUCACAUCACUCUGCGGUCCAAAUGCAAUUUGUAACAAUGGAGAAUGUAAAUGUUUAGCUGAAUAUCAAGGAGAUCCAUACAUUGGUUGUAAACCAGAAUGCAUACUUAAUGCAGACUGUGAUGCAUCCAAAGCAUGCGUACGAAACAAAUGCAUAGAUCCUUGUCCGGGUACUUGUGGUCAAAAUGCACAAUGUACUAUUUACAAUCAUAUGCCAAUGUGCAGUUGUCCUUCUGGUAUGACAGGAAAUGCAUUCGUUUCCUGUCACGUAAUCACAGGUAUAGCGGAGGAUCCUUGCAAUCCAUCACCGUGUGGGCCAAAUAGUCAUUGUCGUGUAAUAAAUAAUCAACCAGUUUGUUCCUGUAUUAGUAAUUAUAUUGGAAUGCCUCCAUCGUGUCGACCAGAAUGUAUCGUUAGUUCAGAUUGUACAAAAGAUCGGGCUUGUAGUAACCAGAAGUGCAUAAAUCCUUGUCCAGGAACAUGCGGAAUAAAGGCAACGUGUCAAGUGAUAAAUCACAAUCCAAUUUGUAGUUGUUCUCAAGGUUUCAUCGGUGAUCCUUUCGUAAGAUGCGAACCAAAACCUGAAAUAACAGAAAAACCUAUAAAUCCGUGUCAGCCGUCACCCUGUGGGCCUAAUGCAUUAUGCAAUGUAAUUAAUGAUUCUCCUUCCUGUUCUUGUUUGCCUGAUUUCGUUGGAAUUCCACCGAUGUGUAAACCCAUGUGUAUCAGUAAUAACGAAUGUGCCAAUCAUUUGGCAUGUAUCAAUUUAAAAUGCAAAGAUCCAUGUCCUGGUUCAUGUGGUACGAACGCAGAAUGUCGUGUAGUAAGUCACACAGCAAUGUGUGUUUGUCUUGUUGGAUAUACCGGAGAUCCUUUUGUUCAGUGUAUUGAAAAACAACUUGAUGUGCCAUCUAUCGCACCAACUCCUUGCGUACCAUCGCCAUGCGGAUCAAAUGCAAUUUGCAAAGAACAAUCAGGUGUAGGUUCUUGUACUUGUUUACCAAAUUAUAUAGGCAAUCCUUACGAAGGCUGUCGUCCAGAAUGUGUCAUGAAUUCCGACUGUCCACCUACCCUUUCUUGCAUUGGAUCAAAAUGUCGUGACCCUUGUCCUGGUGCAUGUGGAACUAAUGCCGAAUGUCAAGUUGUUAAUCAUUUGCCGUCCUGUUCUUGUUUCGCUGGUUAUACUGGUCAACCAUACGAAUUCUGUUCUUUGAUACAAAAUGAACCAUAUAAACCAUCAAAUCCUUGUUCUCCAUCACCCUGUGGACCAAACAGUCAAUGUCGAGUUAUUAACGAUCAAGCAGUUUGUUCAUGUUUGCCUGAAUACAUCGGUAGUCCACCAGGAUGUAGGCCAGAAUGUGUUGGAAGUUCUGAGUGUCCUUUGAAGCAAGCAUGCGUGAAUCAAAAAUGCAUUAAUCCAUGUCCAGGUCCAUGUGGUUUGAAUACCGACUGUAAUGUCAUUCAUCAUAGUCCCAUAUGUGCAUGUAAACAGUCGUUUACUGGAGAUCCAUUUACUCAAUGUUUCCCAAUGCAACAACCAAUUCUCACGUCAAUGUCCAUUUCGAAUCCAUGUAUUCCAUCACCUUGUGGACCAUAUUCCGAAUGUCGUGAUAUUGGUGGUUUAUCGUCAUGCUCUUGUUUGCAAGAUUAUAUCGGCAGUCCACCUAAUUGUCGUGCCGAAUGCACCAUACAUUCAGAUUGUUCCACUGACAAAGCUUGUAUCAGACAAAAAUGUAAAAAUCCAUGCCCAGGAUCAUGCGGAAAUAAUGCAGAAUGUAACGUUUUUAAUCAUAUCCCGGCAUGUAGUUGUUUACAUGGAUUUACUGGUGAUCCAUAUACCAAUUGUUAUCCAAAGAUUACACCACAAUACGAACAACUUUCUGAGGAUAAAUGCAAUCCUUCGCCAUGCGGAGCAAAUGCAGAAUGCAACAAUGGUGUUUGUUCAUGUUUAACCGAAUAUCGUGGUAAUCCUUAUAUCGCGUGUCGUCCAGAAUGUGUCUUAAACACAGAUUGUCCUACUGAUAAAGCAUGCGUACGUAAUAAAUGCGUCAAUCCUUGUGUUGGUACAUGUGGGCAAAAUGCUAUCUGUACCGUUUACAACCACAUUCCUAUGUGCAGUUGUACACCUAACACAAGUGGAAAUGCUUUUGUCAUCUGCCUACCUGUUAAAGGUAGAUUCUUUCAUAAUCCAUGUAACCCAUCACCAUGCGGUCCAAAUAGUUAUUGUCGAACAAUAAAUGGACAAGCAGUUUGUUCUUGUAUUUCUGGAUAUAAAGGAAGUCCACCAUCCUGUCGACCCGAGUGUAUCGUUAGUUCUGAUUGUGAUAAAGAUAAAGCUUGCAGUAAUUUACAAUGUAUCAAUCCUUGCAUCGGUACAUGUGGAAUUGGUGCACAAUGUCGUGUAGUAAAUCAUAAUCCCAUUUGUAGUUGUCUUCCAAAUUUGUCUGGUGACCCAUUCGUAAGAUGCGAUCCGAUAUUGGAAAAACCUCCAGUUUUCAUAAACCCAUGCAAACCAUCACCGUGUGGUUUGAAUGCUUUGUGCCAAGUAAUCAAUAACUCCUCAUCCUGUGCCUGUAUGAAAGAACACAUAGGAUCUCCACCAAAUUGUCGUCCUGAAUGUAUCAGCAAUGCUGAAUGUUCGAGUCAAUUAGCUUGCAUAAAUCAGAAAUGUAAAGAUCCUUGUUCUGGUUCUUGUGGGCCUAAUGCAGAAUGUCGAGUUGUAAGUCAUACACCAAUGUGUGCUUGUUCUGAGGGUUACACUGGAGAUCCAUUCAUACAAUGUAACAUACAACCACUUAUACCUACCUCUCCUUGUACACCAUCACCGUGCGGUUCGAAUGCCAUUUGCAAGGAACAAAACGGUGUCGGUUCGUGUACAUGUUUACCAGAAUUUAUUGGCAAUCCAUACGAAGGAUGUCGACCCGAGUGUUUAAUUAAUUCUGAUUGCCCAUCAAAUCUCGGUUGUAUACGAUCCAAGUGUCAAAACCCAUGUCCCGGAACUUGCGGAUCAAAUGCCAAUUGCCAAGUUAUAAAUCAUUUGCCUACUUGUACUUGCGUACCUGGAUUUACCGGAGAUCCAUUCCGUUAUUGUCAACAAAUUCAAGAAAAGGAUCACACAAAUCCAUGUGAUCCAUCUCCUUGUGGUCCGAAUAGUCAAUGUCGUGUCAUUUCAAACAACGUUGUUUGCUCAUGUCUUCCUGAAUAUAGCGGAACUCCACCCUCGUGUCGACCGGAAUGCGUUAUGAGCUCUGAAUGUCCUUCGAAUAAAGCUUGCGUAAAUAAAAAAUGCAUCAAUCCAUGUGCUCACGCAUGUGGACAAAACGCAGAUUGUUCGGUUAUCAAUCAUAAUCCUAUUUGUACAUGUAAAAGUGGACUUACCGGUGAUCCACUAACGAGAUGUUUCCCUAACUUACCUUUGCCACCUGCUGUACCAACAAACCCAUGUAUACCAUCACCAUGUGGACCAUAUUCCGAAUGUCGAAAUAAUGCCGGAACACCUUCUUGUUCCUGUUUAUCUACAUACAUUGGUACCCCACCUUAUUGUCGACCAGAAUGUGUUAUUAAUUCCGAUUGUCCAAGUGAUAAAUCUUGCAUAAGGGAAAAAUGUUUGGACCCAUGUCCUGGCUCUUGUGGUACAUUCGCUCAGUGUUCAGUUUUCAAUCAUAUUCCUAUUUGUACUUGUCCAGAUGGUUACACAGGAGAUCCAUUUAGUAGUUGCGUAUUGCAACCACCAACACCAAGUUUACCAGCCGAUUUGUGCAAUCCUUCGCCAUGUGGUCCAAAUACGAACUGCAAUGAAGGGAAAUGCACUUGUUUGACAGAAUAUCAAGGAGAUCCUUAUGUGGGUUGUCGACCGGAAUGUGUUCUUAAUGCAGAUUGUUCUUUGGAUAAAGCAUGUUUGAGAAACAAAUGUGUUGAUCCUUGUAUCGGUACUUGUGGUCAGAAUGCACUUUGUAAUGUUUACAAUCAUAUACCAAUGUGUACUUGUCCAAUUGGUAUGACAGGAAACGCAUUUUUAUCCUGUUUACCAUUCAGAGAUCCUGUUAUAAGCAAUCCUUGUAAUCCAACACCUUGUGGACCGAAUAGUCAGUGUCGUGAAAUUAAUGGUCAGGCAGUUUGUACUUGUCUUCCUGGCUUUUUGGGAAGCCCACCUACGUGCAGGCCAGAGUGUAUAACCAGUACAGAUUGCAGUCCUAGCGAAGCUUGUAUUAAUCAGAAGUGUAGAAAUCCUUGCGUUGGUACUUGCGGUAUCAAAGCUAUUUGUCAAGUGGUCAAUCAUAAUCCAAUUUGCAGUUGUCCAACUAUUUUAAGCGGUGAUCCUUUCGUUAGAUGUAUACCAAAACCUGAAACGACAUUGGUACAAAAGAAUCCUUGCACCCCAUCCCCUUGUGGUCCAAAUGCUCAGUGUCAAGUAAUUAACGACACGCCAUCGUGUUCCUGUUUGCCAGAAUUUAUUGGUACACCACCAAAUUGUAGACCAGAAUGUGUGAGCAAUAACGAAUGCAGUAACAAUCUUGCAUGUAUCAAUCAAAAAUGCAAAGAUCCAUGCCCUGGAUCGUGUGGAGCUAAUUCCGAAUGUCGUACAGUAUCGCAUACACCAAUGUGUACUUGCAUCGUUGGUUAUACCGGCGAUCCUUUCACUCAAUGUAUCGACAUUGUUCAACCACUUUGUGUUCCAUCUCCCUGUGGAGCUAAUGCGAUUUGUAAAGAAAGAAAUGGAGUAGGUUCUUGUUCAUGUUUAUCAGAUUAUAUCGGUAAUCCUUACGAAGGCUGUCGUCCAGAAUGUACCAUUAAUUCAGAUUGCAUACCAAGCAAGGCAUGUGUUAAAUCGCGUUGUCAAGAUCCUUGUCCUGGUACUUGUGGUCAGAAUGCUAUUUGCCAAGUUGUUAAUCAUAUAGCAAUGUGUACAUGCAUUCCCAAAUAUACUGGCGAUCCAUUCAGAUAUUGUUCCGAAGAGCCAAUAACAGACAUAAGUAAUCCUUGUCAACCAUCUCCAUGUGGACCGAAUAGUAUAUGCCGAGAAAAUAAUGGUCAAGCAGUUUGUACUUGUCUAGCAGAAUAUGUUGGUACACCACCUGGAUGUAGACCAGAAUGUGUUGCUAGUACAGAAUGUGCUCCUAAUCGUGCAUGCGUUAAUCGAAAAUGUAUCGAUCCAUGUCCAAAUUCUUGUGGCAAGAAUUCAAUGUGUAGAGUCAUCAAUCAUAGUCCAUUGUGUUCUUGUCAAUCAGGAUUUACUGGAGAUCCAUUCUCAAUUUGUUUCCAACUUCCACAGCAACCACAAACAUCAAUUCAACAAGAUCCAUGUCUCCCAUCACCAUGUGGACCAUAUUCAGAAUGUCGUAACAUUAGAGGCAAUCCAUUUUGCUCUUGUCUAUCCACAUUUAUUGGCACCCCGCCUAAUUGUAGACCGGAAUGUACGAUACAUUCCGAGUGUUCUAGUCAUCUAGCUUGCAUACGUAGCAAAUGUUCAGACCCAUGUCCAGGUUCAUGCGGAGUUGAUGCUAAUUGUGCUGUAGUAAAUCAUAUUCCAAUAUGCACUUGUCCCGAAGGAUAUACCGGUGAUCCAUUUAGUAUUUGUACUCUAAAACAAUCAACACCUGUAGAAUCUGUCGAUUCGUGCAAUCCUUCACCAUGUGGACCAAAUGCAAAUUGUUUGGAUGGUAUUUGUACGUGUAUAUCUGAAUACGAAGGUGAUGCAUAUAUCGGUUGUCGACCAGAAUGUAUAUCGAACACAGAAUGUCCACGAGACAAGGCAUGCAUUCGCAACAAGUGUUUCGAUCCAUGCAUAGGAACAUGUGGUUUCAAUGCAGAAUGCAAAGUUAUCAAUCAUGUGCCAAUGUGCAAUUGUCCAAUAGGAAUGACUGGAAAUGCUUUUAUUACUUGCAAUCCACAGCAGGAUGAUACAGUAACUCGUCCUUGCAUACCUUCUCCAUGCGGGCCAAAUAGUCAAUGCCAAGAAAUAAAUGGAGUAGCCGUUUGCAAAUGUUUGUCAAAUUAUAUUGGAAAUCCACCAACGUGUCGCCCAGAAUGUACCCUUAGCUCUGAUUGCGAUCAAACUAAAGCUUGCAUUAAUCAGAAAUGCGAAGACCCAUGUCCAGGUUCAUGCGGAUUGAAAGCUGAAUGCUCAGUCGUGAAUCAUAAUCCGAUUUGCACUUGUCGUCAGGGUUACACCGGUGAUCCAUUCACUGCCUGUAGUUUAAUAGUCGAGACAACAACUGCAUCCGUUAAUCCUUGCUAUCCGUCCCCAUGUGGUUUAAAUGCUCAAUGCCAAGUCAUAAAUCAACAACCCUCGUGUUCUUGUCUACCUGAAUUUUUGGGAUCACCACCUAAAUGUCGACCAGAAUGUACUACAAAUAGUGAUUGUCCAAGUCGACUUUCAUGUAUUAAUAGAAAAUGCAAAGAUCCUUGUCCAGGUUUAUGCGGUGCAAACGCAGAAUGUUAUGUCAAUAAUCAUAUAACUACUUGUACAUGUAGUCCAGGAUUUACUGGAGAUCCAUUCCUUCAAUGUACAACAAUUCAAAAUAUAGAACCAAUAGUAUCACCCUGUACACCAUCACCUUGCGGAGCAAACGCAAUAUGUAAAGAACAAUCAGGAGUAGGAUCUUGUACUUGUUUACCAAAUUAUAUAGGCAAUCCUUACGAAGGGUGUAGACCUGAAUGCGUUAUAAAUUCAGAUUGUCCUGCUAAUCGUGCUUGCAUACAAUCUAAAUGUCAAGAUCCUUGCCCUGGUGCGUGUGGUCAAAAUUCGCUUUGUCAAGUUAUAAAUCAUGCUCCAACUUGUACAUGUAUACCAGGACACACAGGAGAUCCAUUCCGUUUCUGUAAUAUUGUUACAGAAUAUCCUGUAGUUGAGAAAAACGAUCCUUGCAAUCCAUCGCCUUGUGGGCCAAACAGUGAAUGUCGUAAAAAUGAAAAUCAAGCAGUUUGUUCGUGUCUUUCGAAUUAUAUUGGUUCUCCGCCAGCUUGUAGACCCGAGUGUAUAGUCAGUACAGAAUGUCCACUAAACAAAGCUUGUAUCAAGCAAAAGUGUGUUAAUCCUUGUUCGAAUUUAUGCGGAAUCAACACUGAUUGUAGAGUUAUCAAUCACAGUCCAAUUUGCAUUUGCAAAAAUGGCUAUUCGGGAGAUCCCUUCACUGCCUGCUUCUAUUUAACUGUUUCUCCAGAAAAAGUACCAGAUGUACAACAAGAUCCCUGUUUACCAUCGCCAUGUGGCCCGAAUUCUUUAUGUCAACCGGUUGGGCAAAUACCUUCUUGUACAUGUUUACAAAACUAUUUUGGUAGUCCACCAAAUUGUCGACCCGAAUGUACAAUUAAUUCAGAAUGUCCUAGUAAUAAAGCAUGCAUACAAAAUAAGUGCAGGGAUCCGUGUCCAGGAUCUUGUGGUUUUAAUGCCCAAUGUACAGUAUUCAAUCAUUUGCCAAUAUGUUCUUGUUUCGAUGGAUACACGGGUGAUCCAUUUGAUAAUUGUCAUCAGCAACCACCACCCCAAUUGGAUGAAAUAGACGCCUGUAAUCCAUCCCCGUGUGGUAUUAACACACAAUGCGAAAAUGGUAUUUGUUCAUGCUUACCUGAAUAUUACGGAGAUCCAACAACAGGUUGUCGCCCAGAAUGUGUUCUCAAUUCGGAUUGUUCUCGUGACAAAGCUUGCAUUAAUAAUAAAUGCAAAGAUCCUUGCGUAGGAACUUGUGCGAGCAAUGCACUAUGCAACGUCAUUAACCACAUUCCCAUGUGUAGCUGUCCAACUAAUUACGAAGGAAAUGCUUUUGUUUAUUGCCAUUCCGUUCAAGCUUCUAUUUUAAUUUCACCGUGUACACCAUCACCUUGUGGACCAAAUAGUCAAUGUCGUACUAGUAAUGAUCAGGCAGUAUGUAGUUGUGUUUCUGGUUACAUUGGAACACCUCCUAUGUGUAGACCUGAAUGUAUUGUUAAUACGGAAUGUCCACCUAACGAGGCAUGUACAAAUCAAAAAUGUAGAAAUCCUUGCAUUGGAAGUUGUGGUGUUGGUUCAAAAUGUAUUGUGAAAAAUCAUAAUCCCAUUUGUUAUUGUCCGGAUCGUUACACAGGAGAUCCAUUCGUUCGAUGUACUCCAAUCCCGGAAUUACCACCGGUACAAGUGAAUCAUUGUCAACCAACACCUUGCGGGUCAAACAGUGUAUGUCAAAUAAUCAAUGAUUCGCCAUCGUGUUCUUGUUUGCCAAAUUAUGUUGGUUCUCCACCACAAUGUAGACCCGAGUGUAUUAACAAUAGUGAAUGUCUUAGUCAUCAAGCAUGUAUAAAUCAGAAAUGCAAAGAUCCGUGCACUGAUUCGUGCGGAGUCAAUGCAGAAUGUCGAACAAUUAGUCAUACACCAAUGUGUUUCUGUCCUAUUGGAUACACUGGAGAUCCAUUUGUACAAUGUAUCACUAAACCGAUCGAAGGCAAUUCGAUGCAAAUAAAUCCAUGUUUACCAUCACCAUGUGGUCCCAAUGCCGUAUGCGUUCAACGCAAUGCCGCAGGCUCAUGUUCUUGUCUAUCUACUUACACUGGAAAUCCAUAUGAAGGAUGUAGACCCGAAUGCGUUCUUAAUUCUGAUUGUACACAGAACAAAGUAUGCACCAAUUCCAAAUGCAUAGAUCCGUGUCCUGGAACUUGUGGCAGCAAUGCGAAUUGUAACGUUGUAAACCAUAUUGCAACGUGUUCUUGUCUUCCUUCUUACACUGGUGAUCCAUAUCGAUAUUGUUUCAUAAAACCAAUGGCUGUAGACAAAACAGAUCCAUGCAAUAAUGCGGAAUGUGGUCCGAAUAGUAAAUGUAGAGUAGUUAAUGAAGUUGCUGUAUGUUCUUGUUUGCCAACAUAUGUUGGUAGGCCACCUGCAUGUAGACCUGAAUGCGUAUCAAAUUCUGAUUGUCCUGCAACUCAAUCGUGCGUGAAACAAAAGUGUAUGAAUUUGUGUCCAACCUCCUGUGGAUUGUACACUGAUUGUAGAGUUAUUAAUCAUGCACCUUUGUGCACCUGUUCUAUGGGCUAUACUGGCGAUCCAUUUACAGUUUGUUUCCCAAUACCUUUGACAGUCCCUACACAGCAAGAUAUUGCAUUAAGAGACCCUUGCAUUCCAUCUCCAUGUGGUCCUUACGCAGAAUGUCAAAAUACAGGAGGAUUACCCUCUUGUGCCUGUUUAUCGACAUACAUAGGUAGUCCACCAAACUGUCGACCAGAAUGCACUAGUAAUUCUGAUUGCUCUUCGAAUAAUGCUUGUAUACAACAAAAGUGUAAAGAUCCUUGCCCAGGAUCAUGCGGUACCAUGUCAGAAUGUAAAGUUCUCGAUCACAUUCCAAUUUGUUCUUGCAUCAAUGGUUAUACUGGCGAUCCCUUUAGAGCAUGUUAUCCUCAGCAACCCGAACCUGUAUACGUUGAUCCAUGUGCACCAUCUCCAUGUGGAGCAAAUGCAAAAUGUAUAGAUGGUGCCUGUACUUGUUUAGAGGAGUAUUUCGGUGAUCCUUAUGCUGGUUGUCGACCAGAAUGUAUUUUAAAUACCGAUUGUAAUUCAUUAAAGGCAUGCGUACGAAAUAAAUGCAUUGACCCAUGUAUUGAAACUUGUGGACAGAACGCUUUAUGCAAAGUUUAUAAUCACGUUCCAAUGUGCAGUUGCCCAUUGGGAAUGUCAGGAAAUGCAUUUGUUUUAUGUUCUCCUAUCCAAGCACCUUCAGUUACUGAUCCAUGUAAUCCGUCCCCAUGUGGACCUAAUAGUCUUUGCAAACAACAUAAUUUCCAUGCAACAUGCACUUGCAUUAAGGGCUACAUAGGUGCACCACCAACUUGUCGACCAGAAUGUGUCGUUAGUUCAGAUUGUGCCCCGAACAAAGCCUGUAGCAAUCAAAAAUGUAUCGAUCCGUGUCCCGGAAGUUGCGGCCGCAAUACUAUUUGCAAUGUGAUCAAUCACAAUCCUAUUUGUUCAUGCCUUUCAGGAAUGUCUGGUGAUCCAUUUAUCAAUUGUUCUCCAAUUCCAACGAAGCCUCAAAUUUCAAUAAAUCCAUGCUUACCAUCACCAUGUGGUCCAAAUGCAAGAUGCGAAAUAAUCAACGAUAAUCCGUCGUGUUAUUGUUUGCCUGAAUUCAAUGGAUCUCCACCAAAUUGUCGUCCAGAAUGUAUUAGUAAUUCCGAAUGUUCAAGUCGAUUGGCGUGUAUAAAUCAGAAAUGUAGAGAUCCUUGUAUUGGCUCAUGUGGUGCUAAUGCCAUAUGUAACGUAGUCAGUCAUACGCCAAUGUGUGCAUGUACCGCUGGUUACACUGGUGAUCCAUUUACUCAAUGUUCACCAGAACGAUUUGAUGUACAAACGGAUAAACCUGCUCCAUGUACACCAUCCCCAUGCGGUGCUAAUGCAAUAUGUCGUGAGCAACAAAAUAUUGGCUCUUGUAGUUGCUUAUCAGAAUAUAUUGGUAAUCCUUACGAAGGAUGCAGGCCGGAAUGUAUCCUCAAUUCAGAUUGUCCAUCAAACAGAGCUUGUAUCAAUAUGAAGUGCAAAGAUCCUUGCCCUGGAAUGUGUGCACCGAAUGCCAACUGUUAUGUAAUUAACCAUGCAGCAACUUGUACUUGCUUUGAACAAUAUACCGGAGAUCCUUUUAUAAAUUGCAAUCCCAUAUUACCAACACAGGCAGAUUCUGUUGACACGUGUCAAUCUAAUUUAUGCGGUCCAUAUUCUCAAUGUAAAGAAAACAAUGGACAAAUAUCCUGCAGUUGUUUAUCAACGUACAUAGGUGUACCACCUAAUUGUAGACCAGAAUGUACGAUUAGUAAUGAUUGUCCAUCGAAUCAAGCAUGUAGGAAUAAAAAGUGCAUUGAUCCUUGCCUCGAUUCUUGUGGUCUCUAUACAACAUGUAAAGUGAUCAAUCAUAAUCCCAUAUGUUCUUGUAAAUCUGGAUAUACGGGAGAUCCAUUCACUAUCUGUAUUUUCUUAUCACCAAUACCACAUUUUGAACCCGAAAAGGAUCCUUGCAUUCCAUCACCGUGUGGUCCAAAUUCGCAUUGUCGUAACAUCAAUGGAUCACCAUCUUGUUCUUGUAUGCAAAAUUAUAUUGGUUCUCCGCCACAAUGUAGACCCGAAUGCACAACGUCUACCGAUUGUGCAAGUAAUUUAGCCUGCAUACAGCAGAAAUGUCAAGAUCCUUGUCCUGGAUCUUGUGGUCUCAAUGCUGUUUGCACAGUUCAUAAUCAUUUACCAAUUUGUUCAUGCUUCGAAAGUUACACGGGAGAUCCAUUUGUCAGCUGUCAAUACAAACCAAUCUCUCAAGCCCCAUUGGAAAAUGAUGUUUGCAAUGCGUGUGGUCCUAACAGCGAAUGUAAACAGGAAAAAUGUGUUUGCAUAUCCGAAUAUUACGGUGAUCCUUACGUAGGUUGCCGACCUGAAUGUGUACUCAGUUCAGAUUGUGCAAUUAACAAGGCUUGCAUUCGAAACAAAUGUAUAGAUCCUUGUCUUCAGACUUGUGGACAAAAUGCUAUUUGCAACGUUUUCAAUCAUGUUCCAAUGUGUAGUUGUCCAUAUGGUACAACUGGUAAUGCCCUUAUUUCGUGUCAGACUAUAAAAGCUCCAGCUAUUAAAACACCGUGUCAACCAUCACCAUGUGGUCCCAAUAGUAUUUGUCAUUCUUUCAAUGAUCAAUCUGUAUGCGCUUGCUUACCUAAUUAUCUUGGAACACCACCAAUGUGUAGACCCGAAUGUACCAUCAAUUCGGACUGUAGAAUAAAUCAAGUUUGUAGAAAUCAAAAAUGCGAAGAUCCCUGCCCAGGAACAUGUGGUUUACAAGCAGAAUGUAUUGUAGUCAACCAUAAUCCAAUUUGUUCUUGCCCUGAACGCUAUACUGGAAAUCCUUUCAUCAAAUGCGAUAUUAUAAACGAAGUUUACACACCAAUUGUAAAUCCUUGUCAACCAUCACCAUGUGGUCCGUACGCUAUCUGUCAAGUUGUCAAUGAGUCACCCUCUUGCUCGUGCCUUCCCGAAUAUAAAGGCGCACCACCAAAUUGUAAACCCGAGUGCAUAUCUAAUUCCGAGUGCCCCGCCAACCAAGUUUGCAUUAAACAAAAGUGUACAAAUCCGUGCCCAAGUUUGUGCGGUACAAAUGCAGAAUGCCAUGUUGUUCAUCACGUUGUACAUUGCGUAUGUCCGAACAGUUAUACCGGGGACCCUUAUACCAGCUUAUAUCGCCCAGAACCAUCUCCCUGUUCCGAAGAUAUUUGCGGUACGAAUGCCAUAUGCAAAGAACAGAAUAACGUUGGUGUUUGUUAUUGUCCACCUGAUUAUAUUGGUAACCCGUACGAAGAAUGUAGACCUGAAUGUGUUAUCAAUCCUGAUUGUCCAUCUAAUCAGAUGUGUGUACAAAAUAAAUGUCGAGAUCCUUGUCCCGGCAUGUGUGGGCAAAAUGCUGAAUGCGCAGUUGUCAAUCAUCAACCAUUCUGUACUUGUCGUCCAGGAUACACUGGCGAUCCAUUCUCUUUCUGUAAUAUUGAUACAUUUAUGGAGGAAAAGAAUGUUUGUUCCCCGUCACCUUGUGGUCCAAAUAGUCAAUGCAAAAAUAUAUCUGGUCAACCAGUAUGUUCCUGUUUACCAACGUACGUUGGUAAUCCACCUGGCUGUCGACCCGAGUGUGUUGUUAGUUCCGAUUGUCCGUCUCAACUUGCAUGCAAGGAUCACAAAUGUAUCAACCCUUGUCCAAGCCCAUGUGGAUUAAACACAAAGUGUAUUGUUGUUAAUCACAGUCCAAUUUGUAGUUGUGCACCUGGAUACAGUGGUAAUCCUUUCACAGUGUGCACAGCCAUACCAUCUGUAACAAUGCCUAGCGUUGUUGAAAAAGACCCCUGUGUGCCAUCCCCUUGCGGCCGAUUCUCGCAAUGUAAAAACAUUGGCGGUACACCUGCAUGUACAUGUUUAGAAACAUACAUUGGACAACCACCAAAUUGCAAACCUGAAUGUACCAUCAAUUCCGAAUGCGCAAGUGACAAAGCUUGCUUUGAAACGAAAUGUAGAGAUCCCUGCCCUGGUUCAUGUGGUUCAGGUGCUAUUUGUGCUGUAGUUAAUCAUAUUCCAAUGUGUACGUGUCCAACAGGAUACACCGGAGAUCCAUUUACUCUUUGCCGAUUAUUACCUGCAACACCACCACCAAUUAUACCUGCUGAUUUAUGUAAUCCAUCACCAUGUGGUCCAAAUGCGAAAUGUUCCAACGGUACCUGUACUUGUCUACCAGAUUUCCAAGGCAACCCAUAUCAAGAAUGUCGACCAGAAUGUGUCCUUAAUUCAGAUUGCUUACGAGAUCAAGCCUGUUCUAGAAACAAAUGUAUAAAUCCAUGUAUGGGAGCUUGUGCAGUCAAUGCCUUAUGUAAUGUUAUCAAUCAUAUACCCAUGUGUAGUUGCCCUGGAAAUAUGACUGGCAAUGCAUUUAGUCAAUGCGUACCAGUACAAGGUUUACCUCCUAUUAAUCCAUGCAGCCCUGGACCUUGUGGCCCUAAUAGCGAAUGUCGUGUAGUAAAUGGACAAGCUGUGUGUUCUUGCAUAAAAGGAUAUUUAGGAAUUCCACCAACUUGUAGGCCAGAGUGUAUAGUCAGCACUGAUUGUCCACAAAAUGAAGCUUGUAACAAUCAAAAAUGCGUAGACCCUUGUCCUGGAUCUUGUGGCAUAGAAGCUUCAUGCAAUGUUGUUAAUCAUAAUCCAAUCUGUAGUUGUCCAUUGCGUUAUACCGGUGAUCCUUUCGUACGCUGCAUGGUUUUAUUGGAACAACAACCACCAAUAGAUCCGUGCCAACCAUCGCCCUGUGGCCCUAAUUCUCAAUGCCAAGUAAUUAACGAUUCACCGUCCUGUUCGUGUCUUUCUGAAUUUUCGGGAUCUCCACCAAAUUGUAGACCAGAAUGCAUUAAUAAUAAUGAAUGCAUUACUCAAAUGGCUUGCAUUAAUCAAAAAUGUAAAGACCCAUGUAUUGGGGCUUGUGGUUCCAAUGCAAAUUGCCAUGUUGUAAGUCAUACACCAAUGUGCACGUGCAUGAAUGACUAUACUGGCGAUCCUUUCACUCAAUGUACCUUUAAAGCACCCUUGCCACUUCCUGAACCAGGGCCAUGUGAUUCAUCUCCUUGCGGUUCAAAUGCAAUUUGCAAAGAAUUGAAUCGAGUAGGCUCGUGUGCUUGCUUACCUGGUUAUAACGGCAACCCUUACGAAGGUUGUCGGCCCGAAUGUAUUCUAAAUUCUGAUUGUCCUGCAAGUAAAGCUUGCAUCAAUUCCAAAUGUACAGACCCUUGUCCUGGAACCUGCGGAUUAAACGCUGAAUGUCAAGUUAUCAAUCAUUUACCAAUUUGUAAUUGUUAUCCCCGACACACUGGCAAUCCAUUUACGUCUUGUAAACCAAUAGGAAUGGAUAUUCAAGAUGCAAUUAGCAAACCUUGCAAUCCGUCACCUUGUGGACCAAAUAGUGAAUGUCGUGUUGUAAACGGACAGUCAGUUUGUACCUGUUUAGCCGAUUUUAUAGGAGUUCCACCAAGAUGUCGACCUGAAUGUUCAGUCAGUGCCGAAUGUUCUCCUGCCUUAGCCUGUAUAAAUAGAAAAUGUAGUGACCCGUGUCCUGGCUCGUGUGGUCUAAAUGCCAGAUGUGAAGUUAUCAAUCAUAAUGCAAUAUGUUCUUGUCAACCUGGAUUUAUGGGUGAUCCACUUAUUUCCUGCUUUAACAUUCCACCUGAUAGACCCACCGAUACUCUUCCACUUUAUGUUAAUCCAUGUGUUCCCUCACCUUGUGGUCCAUAUUCUGAAUGCCGUGACAUUAAUGGACAAGCUUCUUGCGCAUGUUCACCAAAUUAUAUAGGAGCACCACCUAAUUGUCGACCAGAAUGUAUUAACAAUUCAGAAUGUCCAAGUAAUGAAGCAUGUAUUCAAAAGAAAUGUCAAUAUCCUUGUAAUGGCGUAUGCGGAAUCGGAGCAACGUGUUCUGUUAUCAAUCAUAUACCAGUAUGUACCUGUCCAGAUAAAUUCAGUGGUGAUCCAUUCGAUAAAUGUAUUCCGAAAAUUGAAGAUGACAAAACGGAUAAACAAAAUCCAUGUGCACAGUGUGGUGCAAACACGCAAUGCAUCAAUGAAAUUUGUAUUUGCUUACCGGAAUAUCAAGGAGAUCCUUACUUAGGAUGUCGUCCAGAAUGUGUCUUGAAUUUCGAUUGUCCAAGAGAUAAAGCUUGUAUUAAUAACAAAUGUAGAAACCCGUGUACAGGAAUCUGUGGCCGAGAUGCUCUUUGUACUGUUGCAAAUCAUAUUCCUAUUUGUACUUGUCAAUCAGGAAUGUCAGGCAAUCCAUUUAUUUUAUGUUCACCUGUAGAAGCAUCUGUAGAAAAAGAUCCAUGCAAUCCUUCACCUUGUGGAUCGAAUAGCCAAUGCAAAAAAAUAAACGACCAAGCAGUUUGCUCUUGCAUUCCUGGAUAUUUGGAUUCCCCACCAAAUUGUAGACCCGAAUGUAUAAUCAGUUCUGAUUGUCCAUCGAACAUGGCGUGUAAUAAUCAAAAAUGCAUAGAUCCGUGUCGCGGAACGUGUGGUAUCAGAGCACAAUGUUUGGUAGUCAAUCACAAUCCAAUUUGUAGCUGUCCUGCAGAUUUAACAGGCGAUCCAUUUACCAUGUGCAUUUUCAUACCGGAAAAACAACCUAGCAUUACUAAUCCUUGCGAACCAUCACCUUGCGGAGCAAACAGUCAGUGUCGUGUCGUAAACAAUGCACCAUCUUGUUCUUGCCUACCAGAAUUCAUAGGAUCACCCCCGAAUUGUAAACCAGAAUGCAUUAGCAACAGUCAAUGUUCUACACAAUUGGCUUGUAUCAAUCAAAAAUGCCGAGAUCCUUGCCCAGGUUCUUGCGGUGUUAAUGCAGAAUGUAGAGUAAUAAGUCAUACACCUAUGUGUGUAUGUACUUCAGGAUUUGUUGGUGAUCCAUUUAUACAAUGUACUGCAAAAAAACCUGACGAAGACACAAGUAUGAAAGUAACACCAUGUCUACCAUCACCAUGUGGAUCUAAUGCAUUAUGUCGUGAAUCGAAUAGUGUUGGAUCUUGUUCGUGUUUACCAAAUUACAUUGGAAAUCCUUACGAAGGCUGUCGUCCUGAAUGUAUUAUAAACAGUGAUUGCAUUGCCGAUCAAGCAUGCAUUAGAUCAAAAUGUCAAAAUCCUUGUUCAGGUUUCUGUGGUCAAAAUUCCGUUUGCCAAGUCGUUAAUCAUGCACCUUUGUGCACUUGUCAAAGUGGAUAUACUGGUAAUCCAUUCCUGUAUUGUAACAUUAUUUCAUUUAUAGCUAAACCAACAGAUCCAUGUGUUCCUUCACCCUGCGGUCUAAACAGUCAAUGUCGUGUAUCAAAUAAUCAAGCAAUUUGUAGUUGUUUGCCUACAUUUAUUGGAACACCACCUGCAUGUCGUCCAGAAUGUACUGUUAGUUCUGAUUGUUCGACAAACCGUGCAUGUAAAGAUCGUAAAUGUAUAGAUCCCUGUCCAGGAAUUUGUGGUAUUAAUGCAAGAUGUGAAGUAAUCAAUCACAGCCCGAUCUGCAGUUGCAAAGUAGGUUCAACUGGUGAUCCAUUCGUAAGAUGUUUCGACCUUGCACUACCACUCAGUCCACGACCUGAACAAAUAAAUCCAUGCGUUCCAUCACCUUGCGGUCCAUUCUCCGUAUGUCAAGAUAGUAAAAAUAGUGGAAUACCUACGUGUACCUGUAUGGAAAAUUAUAUCGGCAGUCCACCCAAUUGUCGACCAGAAUGUACAAUAGAUUCUGAAUGUAUUAGUAGUAGAGCAUGUUUGAGACAGAAAUGUACAGACCCUUGUCCUGGUUCCUGCGGUAUCGGAGCUAAUUGUUAUGUAAUCAAUCACAUGGCAAUGUGUGUAUGUCCCAAUGGUUAUACGGGAGAUCCUUUCGUCAAUUGUGUCAUAGAACCAGAACCUACACCUGAUUUACAAGAUCUUUGCCAUUUGUCGCCAUGCGGUUCAAAUGCAAUGUGUCAUAACGGCACAUGUACGUGUCUACCAGAGUAUCAUGGAGAUCCAUAUUAUGGAUGCCGUCCUGAAUGCGUACAAAAUCCAGAUUGUCUAUUAGAUAAAGCUUGUGUCCGCAACAAGUGUUCUGAUCCAUGCUCAGAAGCAUGUGGCAAAAAUGCACAAUGUAUUGUAAUAAAUCAUACACCAAUGUGCAGUUGUCCUGAUGGAAUGUCAGGAAACGCAUUUGCUGCGUGUUAUCCCGUAAAAGAUCCAGAAAUUGUUAAACCAUGCAAUCCAUCGCCAUGCGGACCAAAUAGCAGAUGUCAAGAAUUUAACGGGCAAGCCGUUUGUUCUUGCGUUUCCGGAUAUAUUGGAAAUCCUCCAGCAUGUCGACCAGAGUGUACUGUUAACACUGAUUGUGCAUUAAAUGAAGCUUGCAUUAAUAUGAAAUGCAGAGAUCCUUGUCCAGGCUCGUGUGGUAUAUCGGCUCGUUGUCAAGUAAUUAAUCACAAUCCUAUUUGUAGUUGCGCACCCAUAUUUACCGGAGAUCCAUUUGUCCGUUGUAUACCUAAACCCGAUGAAGUACCACAAACUUUAAAUCCAUGUCAACCAUCACCUUGCGGUCCUAAUUCUUAUUGUCAAGUUCGAAAUAACGCACCAUCGUGUUCUUGCAAAGAUGGAUUCAUUGGCACACCACCUAAUUGCCGACCCGAAUGUAUUAGUAACAGUGAAUGCAGUAAUUACUUGUCGUGUAUCAAUCGCAAAUGCGUUGAUCCAUGUCCAAGUUCUUGUGGUUUAAAUGCGGAAUGCCACGUAUUAAAUCAUAUACCCACAUGUACUUGCCUUUAUGGUCAUACUGGUGAUCCAUUUAUACAAUGCACAAUUAAACAGACUGAAUCACCACAAUUAGAUCAACCGUGUCAACCGUCUCCUUGCGGAGUAAAUGCUGUUUGUAGAAAACUUCAAGAAGUUGCUACUUGUUCCUGUUUACCUGAAUAUAUAGGAAACCCUUACGAGGGUUGUCGUCCUGAAUGUUCAAUCAACUCUGACUGUCCUUCUAAUUUAGCUUGUGUUAGAUCUAAAUGUACAAAUCCAUGUCCUGGUACUUGUGGUUCCAAUGCAGACUGUCAAGUUGUCAAUCAUUUACCUAUUUGUACUUGUAUGUCGCAAUACACUGGAAAUCCAUACACAAAUUGUUUCUACGAAAUGGUAGAACCUAUCGAUAAAGAACAAGAUCCUUGUAGUUCACCAGUUUGCGGUCCUAAUAGCAGAUGUCAAAAUAUUAACGAUCAAGCCGUUUGUUCAUGUUUACCAGAAUUUAUAGGAACUCCACCAAACUGUAGACCGGAAUGCGUAAUUAAUUCAGAAUGUGAUUCGAAACUAGCAUGUAUCAAAAAUAAAUGCGUAGACCCAUGCCCUGGAACUUGCGGACGCAAUUCUCAAUGCAAAGUUAUACGUCACAGUCCUAUUUGUAGUUGCGCAUUCGAUAUGACGGGUGAUCCUUUCGUUUACUGCUUCUCGGCACCAAAACCGGAUGAUGUAUAUCCUAAAGAUCCGUGCACACCAUCUCCUUGUGGGCCUAAUGCAAUGUGUAAAACUGUUAACGAUGUACCAGUAUGCAGUUGUAUGAAUAAUUAUAUUGGGGUGCCACCUAAUUGUCGCUCGGAAUGUUCUAUUAAUUCAGAUUGUCCUGCCAAUAAAGCUUGCAUGAGAGAAAAAUGUAGAGACCCAUGUCCCGGAUCUUGUGGUCUCUAUGCACAAUGUUCAGUUGUUAAUCACACACCAGUAUGUACAUGUCCUGAAGGUUACACUGGUGAUCCUUUUGAUAACUGCUAUCCCAAACCUGUAACAAGCGAAGUUGAACCAACUGAUCCUUGCAAAGAAUCAUUGUGUGGAUCAAAUACUCAAUGUAAUGCAGGUAUUUGCACCUGUCUACCAGAAUAUUUUGGAAAUCCAUACGUUGGUUGUCGUCCCGAGUGUGUUGUUAAUACCGAUUGCUCUCGUAAUAAGGCUUGCAUACAGCAUAAAUGUCAAAACCCUUGCAUUGGUGUCUGUGGCAUUAAUGCUGAAUGUAAUAUCGUUAAUCAUUUACCUAUGUGCAGUUGUCCAGAAAAUAUGUCCGGUAAUGCAUUCAUUUCUUGCACUCCUAUCGAAGAUGUAACAGUAAAGAAUCCUUGCAAUCCAUCUCCAUGUGGCCCGAACAGUCAUUGCAAUGCAAUUAAUGGUGUUGCUGUAUGCGCAUGUAUUACUGGUUUCAAAGGAACACCACCUUCUUGUAGACCAGAAUGCGUUGUAAGCUCUGAUUGUUCUCGUAACAGAGCUUGUAAUAAUCAAAGAUGUAUCGAUCCAUGCGCAGGGGCAUGCGAUAUAUCUGCAGAAUGUGUUGUAAUCAAUCAUAAUCCUAUAUGCAGUUGUCCAGCAUCAUAUACAGGAGAUCCAUUUAUAAAAUGUAUACCGCAAGUAUCAGAAUCGAAACCUCCGGUAAAUCCUUGUUUACCAUCACCUUGCGGACCAAAUUCAUUGUGCCAAGUUUUAAAUAAUGCACCAUCGUGUUCUUGCCUUCCCGAAUAUAAUGGAAGCCCACCAAAUUGUAAACCCGAAUGUAUUAGCAAUAACGAAUGUCCAAUUCAGCAGGCAUGUAUCAACAGGAAAUGUAGAGAUCCUUGUCCAGGAUCAUGUGGAAUUAAUGCAGAAUGCAGUACAGUCAGUCAUAUUCCCAUAUGCACAUGUACCAAUGGUUUCACUGGUAAUCCAUUUGCACAGUGCUACCCGCAACAAUUAUAUGAAGUACCUACGGUAUCUGAUUUGUGUCAACAAAUAUCAUGCGGCACAAAUGCUAAAUGUCGUCUAUCUCACGAGACAGCAUUCUGUUCGUGUAUACCUGAAUUUUAUGGAAACCCAUACGAAGGUUGUCGACCCGAGUGUGUUGUUAAUUCCGAUUGUUCUCUUAAUCAAGCAUGUGUACGUAAUAAGUGUCAAGAUCCUUGUCCCGGAACAUGCGGCUUGAAUGCUGUUUGUUACACUACCAAUCAUAUACCAUCUUGUAAUUGUCAAUUUGGGUACACUGGUGAUCCAUUCACUCGUUGUAAUCCUAUCGAACAAUAUCUCACGCCAAGUUCCAAAGACCCAUGCGAUCCGUCUCCAUGCGGACCAAACAGUCAAUGCCUUAAUACCAAUGGAAAGGCUAGUUGUUCAUGUUUGUUAAAUUACAAAGGAGCUCCACCAAAUUGUAGACCAGAGUGUGUUGUCAGCACAGAAUGCCCUAUGAACCGAGCGUGUAUAAAUAAAAAAUGUGUAGAUCCUUGUCCUGGUGUAUGUGGAGUCGAAGCCCGAUGUGAAACCAUCAAUCAUAGUCCGAUUUGCAGUUGCGGUAGCGAUAAAACCGGAGAUUCAUUUGUUAGAUGCUUUGACAUACCUUGUAAGUGAUAACCACCGACUACAAUUCCAAAUUCAUAAGAUUUCCGAAACCCGUGCAUACCAUCUCCAUGCGGACCAUUUUCAUUAUGUCAAAAUUAUAAAAAUUUCCCAUCAUGUUCUUGUUUGGAAGAUUACAUAGGUACACCUCCCAAUUGUCGUCCAGAAUGUUCAAUCAAUUCUGACUGCAUUAGUAACAAAGCUUGCAUUAGAAACAAAUGCAAGGACCCAUGUCCUGGAUCUUGUGGAACAAAUGCCAUUUGUACUGUUAUAAAUCAUACCCCAUCUUGCACUUGUCCAAAUGGAUAUUCCGGGGAUGCAUUUACCAACUGCAUUCUUGUUCCAAUAUUUGGAGUACCCGAAUCACCCGACCCAUGUCAUCCAUCUCCCUGUGGAUUGAACGCUAUAUGUAGUAAUGGACUUUGUGAAUGUAUAAAUGAAUAUCAUGGUGACCCAUAUCAAGAGUGUAAGCCAGAAUGUAUACAAAAUCCUGAUUGUCCAUUCAAUAGGGCUUGCAUAAAUAAUAAAUGUCUCGAUCCUUGUGUUGGCAUCUGCGGUCAAAAUGCAGAAUGCACUGUCGUUAAUCAUAUUCCAACAUGUAGCUGUCUCGAACAAUAUGAGGGUGAUCCUUUCAGUAUCUGUAAACGUGUACAAUCCCGUAAAACACCUUGCAAUCCUUCACCGUGUGGACCCAAUAGUGUAUGUCACGAAUUCGGAGAACAAGCAUCAUGCUCUUGUCUUCCUGGUUAUAUCGGAGUAUCACCCAGUUGUAGAUCGGAAUGCGUUGUUAGUUCCGACUGUGAACAAGACAAAGCUUGUAUCAAUAAUAAAUGUCAAAAUCCUUGUGAGAAUGCUUGUGCUUACAAUGCAUUAUGUUCGGUCCGUAAUCAUAAUGCCAUUUGUAGCUGCCCUCAACAAUAUACCGGUGAUCCGUUCGUCAAUUGCUUCCGUAUGAACCCGCCAUACGAAGAACCUUCAAGAAAUCCAUGCAAACCAUCACCAUGUGGACAAAAUGCACAAUGCACAGUAUCAACCGAGCAGAAAAUUUUAUGUUCCUGUUUAUCCACUUUCAUAGGAUCUCCGCCAAAUUGUAGACCCGAGUGCACUAUAAAUACUGAUUGUCCAGCCAAUCAAUCAUGCAUCAAUAAAAAAUGCAGUGACCCUUGUGUUGGACUAUGCGGUAUUAAUGCAAUUUGCCAAGUUACCCUUCACCAAACUCGUUGUGAUUGUCUAGAAGGAUAUACAGGAGACCCACUUAGAAUGUGUUACUUAUUUACGAUGUUUGCUCAACCACCGUCGAAUUUAAGUCCAUGCAGUCCAUCACCGUGUGGUUCCAACGCUUAUUGUCGAGAAAUAAACAACGUUGCUGUUUGCGAAUGCAUACCAGACUACAGAGGUGAUCCUUAUCUUAGUUGUCAACCAGAAUGUUUAUUGAACACCGAUUGUCCAAAAUCUCAAGCAUGCGUCAGAACGAAAUGUCAAGAUCCUUGCAUCGGUACUUGCGGAAUUAACGCUAUUUGUACGGUAUCAAAUCACAUACCUAUCUGUUCCUGUCGAUCACCAACCAUUGGAGAUGCAUUCACUCAUUGCUUUAUACCAGAAGAACCAAUCAGACCAAAUCCAUGCCAUCCUUCACCAUGCGGACCAAAUACUAUCUGCGAAACGGUACGAGAUACAGCAAUUUGCAAGUGCCUUCCUAGUAUGUUAGGUACACCAACAGAUAUAAAUGGUUGUCGUCCAGAAUGCGUCGUUAGUUCUGAAUGUCCAGCUGAUAAAGCAUGCAUGAAUAACAAGUGCAUUAAUCCGUGUUCGUUGAAUGUAUGCGGAAUCAAAGCAACCUGCAAAGUACUCAAUCAUAGUCCAUUAUGCAGUUGUAUUCCUCCAUUGAUUGGUAAUCCAUUCAUCGAAUGUUAUCAACAAACUGAAAUCGAUCCGUGCAGUUCAUCACCAUGCAAUUAUAACGGCGAAUGUAAAGUAAGAAAUGAUGUAGCUUAUUGCAUUUAUCCAGAAUGCGUAAUAAACUCCGAUUGUCCAAGGGAAAAAGUUUGUUUAGCGCAAAAAUGUAGGGAUCCUUGUAUCAAUGCGUGCGGAAUAGAUUCCAUCUGUCAGACCAUUAAUCAUAAGCCAGUAUGCUCUUGUCCAAGUGGUUUCAUGGGUAAUCCCUACAUAAAAUGCACGAUUACUACUCAAGAAGUGCCGAGUUUGGAAUGUACACAUAACACCGAUUGUACGAACGAUAAAACUUGUUCAAAUAAUAAAUGCAUAGAUCCUUGCAGUGUUCAUUCAUGCGGUCUCAACAGUCGUUGUUUUGUUCAAAUGCACAGAUCAAUUUGCGUUUGUAAUGAAGAUUUCACUGGUAAUCCUCAACAAUAUUGUCACAAAAUUGGAUGCCGUGGUGACAACGAAUGUCCAUCGACUCAAUCUUGUAUAAACAAUGAAUGCACCGAUUCUUGUCAAGUAAUGCAGUGUGGUAUCAAUGCAUUGUGUACUGCUGAUGGUUAUCAUAAAGCUCGUUGUUACUGUCCUGACAAAUUUUUGGGCAAUCCUUAUCAAUUAUGCAAACGUCCAGAAUGUAUCAGUGAUAAUGAUUGUGCACCAUCCUUGGCAUGUCAAAAUUUACAAUGUACAGAUCCCUGCUCGUGUCCUUCGACUGCUCAAUGUCUCGUUAUUAAUCAUCGACCAAGUUGUCAGUGUCCACCUGGUUAUAUCGGUGAUCCUUAUACAUCAUGCAUUUUAGAAUUGGAGAAACCUGUUCCCGAGUGUCAAACUGAUGUAGAUUGUCCUAGCAAAUUGGCGUGUUUCAACGGAAUUUGCAAAGAUCCAUGCACAGAAACUAAACCAUGUAUCGCUAGUGCCAGGUGCAGUGUCGUAGACACUUUACCAAUGAGAACUAUGAUUUGCGAGUGUCCACGAAACUUCAUGGGAGACGCAACGGUUGCCUGUAUUCCAGUUGACAAACAAAUUGGCGUAGUAUGUGUAAGUGAUUCGGAAUGCAAUUCGGAUAUGGCGUGUUUAAAUCAACGUUGCAUCAAUCCAUGCGCUGUUAAUCCGUGUGCCACCAACGCAGAGUGUUAUGUACAAAACCAUCGUCGUAUUUGCCAAUGUCCUGUAGGACAUACUGGUGAUCCAUUUGUAAUAUGUUUCGAAGAAAACAACGCGUUGCCUAAAUGUGAAUCAAACUCCGAAUGUCCGUCUAAUAAAGCAUGUAUGAAUCGUUUAUGUCAAGACCCAUGCUUAAGUAACAGAUGUGGAUCAAAUGCUGAAUGUAUUGUUAAUAGACACCACCCGACUUGCCAUUGUCAAGAAGGUUUUGCAGGAAAUCCACAAAUACAAUGUUUCAGACCUGAAUGCAAAACUGAUCGUGAAUGUCCUUACGACAAAGCAUGCCAGAAUGGCAAUUGCGUUUCACCUUGUCUUCUUGGUGAAGUUACGUGUGGCCGAGGAGCAGAAUGUACAACUGCAGAACAUAAAGCUCAAUGCGUUUGUCCUCAAGGCAAACAGGGUAAUCCAUACGUCGCAUGUAUUUCAACGAUAUGCCAUUACAACGAAGAUUGUGCGGAUCAUGAACUUUGCGACAGAUUGAACAGAAUCUGUCGACCCGUUUGCGAUUCCGAGACAUGUGCUGAAACUGCUACUUGCGUUGGCAGAGAUCAUCAACCAAAAUGUAUAUGUCCUACGGGAACAUCGGGAAAUCCAUACGUUGAAUGCAAUCGAAUAGAAAUUCAACCCGAGUGUCUAGAAGAUAUAGAAUGUCAAUCUAACUUGGCAUGUAUCAAUGGACGCUGUCAAGAUCCAUGCGGACCAACUAACAUGUGCACUCAAGAUCAAGAAUGUAAAGUUUUAAAUACUAUUCCACUUCGUACGAUCAUCUGUUUGUGUCCACCUAACACGGUUACGGACAUCAACGGGAACUGCGUUAAAAUAGAAUUGAUUAAUGUCCAAUGUCACUUGGAUCAAAAUUGUAAUGACAACGAGAGAUGUUUAAAUGGACGAUGCGUUGAAGCUUGCGACACCAUACAAUGUGGAUAUAAUGCUCAAUGCAAAUCAACUUAUCAUACUGCUACCUGUGUAUGUGCAUCUGAAUUUACUGGCGAUGGUUACGUCGAAUGCACGAGAGUUACGUUCCUGCCAUUACCACCAAAUCAACCGGAAUGUUAUAGCAACAGCGAUUGUGCUCAAGACAAACAAUGCAUUAAUUCUCUUUGCUUAAAUCCUUGUAUUGCUGCUAAACCCUGCGGAAAGAACUCUCUUUGCCAUGUAGAAAAUCAUGAUUCUAUUUGUAAAUGUCCACAAAGUUACAUCGGUGAUCCUAGAAUAAAUUGCAUACCACCUGAAAUUGUUACGGAAUGUUCGUCCAAUAGUGAUUGCGCCGGAAAUACUGCAUGUUUUAACGGUGUCUGUAUAAAUCCGUGCAACUGUGGACCAAAUGCAAAAUGCAUAGUGGCCAAUCAUUAUCCGUCAUGCUUGUGUCCACAUGGUUAUUCUGGCAAUCCACAACUUGGUUGUUUCAAACUUGAUUGCGAGUCCGAUAACGAAUGUAAUAAUGCAGCAACUUGUUACAAUGGACAAUGCAUUAAUCCUUGUCUCCUGGACAACAAAUGUGCCAUCAAUGCGGAAUGUUACGGAUCUAACCAUCGUUCAGCUUGCCGUUGUGGUCCUGGUUACGUUGGAAAUCCACAAAUACAUUGUGAAAGAAUAGAAUGUAACAACAAUUACGAUUGUCCGUCGAAUCAGGCUUGUAAAAGUGGACGUUGCAUUGAUCCAUGCUUCGAAAAUUCUCCUUGCGCCCAAAACGCUCUUUGUUACGUCCAAUCUCAUCAAGCUUCUUGUCGUUGUCCAGUAAACAUACCAUCAGGAAAUCCAUAUUCGUAUUGUGAACGUUAUCCAUCCGGUGUUGAAGAAGAACCGGAAUGCAGAAUCGAUGCUGAUUGCAGUGAUAAAUUAGUAUGCAUCAGAAGUGAAUGCAUCGAUCCAUGCCCAGUCUUAAAACCAUGUUUAGAAAAUGCUCGUUGCGAUGUCUUAGACACCGUACCUGUUCGAACCAUGACUUGUACAUGCCCAGAAGGAUGGAUCACUCAUGUUGAUGGAAUAUGUAGACCAAUACAAUUAACAAACAUCGGUGCUUGCGUUACAAACGAUGAAUGUAAUGACAACGAAGCUUGCGUGAAUAGACAAUGCCGAGAUCCUUGCAAUUGCGGUACCAAUGCAAUAUGUUUCGUAAAAAAUCAUAAGCCCAUAUGUUCUUGCAAAGAAGGCUACCAAGGUAAUCCUGAAAUUUCAUGUGUUUCGGUGGAAUGCCAACAUGACUACGACUGUGCUCAAGAUAAAUCCUGCAAGAAUAAUUACUGCGUUGAUCCAUGCUUACUGACAGAUAUAUGUGGUUUGAAUGCCGAAUGUUAUGUAAGAAACCACGUAGCCGAUUGUCGUUGUCGCAAAGGAUAUUAUGGUAAUCCUUUGGACAAAUGUCGAGUUAUUGGUUGUCACAGUAACGGAGAUUGUCCUAGCGAGCAUUCGUGUAUCAACAUGCAAUGCAUAGAUCCUUGUCUUCACGACAAUCCUUGUUCCUCUCGUGCCGAAUGUAAAGUUCUUAAUCAUAUCCCGAUCUGUCGUUGCCCAUCUCAUUAUACUGGAAAUCCAUAUAUCCUUUGCAAAUUGGAAGAACAACCCGAGUGUAGAGAAGACAGCGAUUGUCCAGACAAAUUAGCAUGUUUCAAUCACAAAUGCGAAGAACCUUGUCCGAUCAUGCAACCUUGUACUCCGCCAUCAGAAUGUAGAGUAUUACCGACAUCUCCUGUAAGAACGAUGAUUUGUGUUUGCCCAAGUGGAUACGUUAGUAGUGGUAGUGGAACUUGUCAACCUACCACACCAAUAGUUAAAAUCGAAUGUACAAAGGAUAACGACUGUGCUCAUGACAAAUCUUGUAUCAAUGGUAUAUGUAGAAAUCCAUGUGCCUGUGGUCCCAAUGCAAUUUGCAAUGUAGUCGAUCAUAAACCAGUAUGUUCUUGUGUCUUGGGCUACGAUGGAAGUGCGGACAUCGCAUGUACCGAAGUCACCAGUUGCCGCACGAAUGAAGAUUGUAGUGGAACACACGUAUGCGUGAGGCAUAAUUGCAUUCCUGCUUGUUCAUCGACAACAAUAACUUGUGGAAAAGGAGCAGAAUGUCGAGCUAUAAAUCACAAAGCCAUUUGCGAAUGUCCGCCAGGCUUGAAAGGCAAUCCAACAGUAUCUUGUGUUUUAUUAGGAUGCAGAAGCAAUACAGAUUGUCCUACAAAUAAAGCAUGCAUUAACAAUCGCUGCGAAGAUCCUUGCACGUCUAACCCAUGUACUGGUAAAACUGAAUGCAAUGUAUAUAAUCAUGUUGUCGAGUGUUCUUGUCCUCCAGGAUACAUUGCUGAUUCCAAAUCCGGAUGUAUCCAAGAAACUUGUAAAGCGGAUUACGAGUGUCCACCACAAACUGCAUGCUUCGAUGGAGAAUGUAUAAAUCCUUGCGUCAAAAUUGCACCUUGCGGCGUAAAUGCUAUUUGCAAAGUAUUAGACACCGAACCAGUCAGAACGAUGAUCUGCGAUACAAAAGAUAUUUGCCCAGUCGAAAAAGGCCAAAUACCUGACGAAUACGGUAAUUGCAUUUGUCUACAACAUAUGGCUAAAGACCAACACGAUGUUUGCGUACCGUGUCACGAAGAAACUGGAAUGAUCAUUAAUAAUAAAGGAUAUUGUACUUGUGCUUUAGAGAAAGGAUUUUUAAUAGACGAAUAUGGUCGUUGCAUAUGUCCAACUAAAAAUGGAUACAGAAUAACCGCUAAUGGAUAUUGCAAACUCAUCGGAAUAAUAGGAUGCAAGAUAGAUGACGAUUGCGCAGAUAAUAGAUACUGCGAUUUAACAACAAGAACUUGCGAAGAUCCUUGCUUAAAAUUAAUUAAUCCUUGUAAUGUAAAUACAAUUUGCAAUGUAACGAGACAUAAAGCUCAUUGCCAAGAUUAUGUCUCCAAAGAGAAAACACCCAAGACAGAUUUCCCAACACCGGACAUGGGCGUCAGUUGUUUAUCGGACGGAGUUCAAGUUGAAAUAUAUUUGCAAGAUCACGAAUUUGACGGGGUCUUGUACGUUAAAGGACGCAGCAAAGAUGAACAAUGUAGACGCGUUGUUUCAAUACCCGCUGAAACUAUACAUAAAACUGAUAUAAUAUUUAAAGUUGCGUUCGGCAAUUGCGGAUUAAUACAUGUUAACGGACAAGCUAGUUUUAUACUCGUUGUUCAGAAACAUCCUAAAUUAGUAACAUACAAAGCACAGGCCUAUCACAUCAAAUGUAUCUAUCAAACUGGCGAACAAAAUGUUACACUUGGUUUUAAUGUUUCAAUGUUAACUACUGCUGGUACUAUUGCAAAUACUGGACCACCUCCAACGUGUGUAAUGAAAAUAGUUACUCAAAACGGAAAUGAAAUCAAUUCUGCCGAAAUAGGAGAUAAUCUUAUGUUACAAGUUGAAGUUCAGCCAUCAUCAAUUUAUGGAGGUUUCGCGAGAAAUUGUGUUGCCAAAACAAUGGAAGAUAAUAUGGAAAACGAAUAUAUCGUGACAGAUGAAAAUGGAUGUGCAACGGAUCCAACAAUAUUCGGAGAAUGGGAACAGAAUCAUGAAACUCAGUCAUUGAUGGCUAGUUUUAAUGCAUUCAAGUUUCCCAGUAGCGAUAAUAUCAGAUUCCAAUGUAACAUACGAGUCUGUUUUGGACGAUGUCAGCCUGUCAAUUGUCGUGGAUACAAUGCAUUUGGUCGCCGUCGCAGAGACGUCGAGGCAGAAUCAAACAAUACAGCCCUAAGUGUUUCUGACGAUUUCGAAGGACAGCUUCGUGAAGAAAUAACAAUCGAAUCUAACUUAAUAUUUACUUUAGAAAGAAGAGAAGAAAGAUUAACAGCAGAUCCAGCUGAAGUUCCUUCAGCUCAAAGGGUAGAAGACAUUUGUGUUUCCAUGGUUGGAUUUAUCAUAGCGUUAGUAAUAACAGCACUUUUAGCACUAGUUGCUGUUGCUAUUGCUGUUUCAUGCUGGUUAAUGGCAUAUAGACGUCAGCCAAAGACUGCUGGACCACUGCCACAUCCACCAGAGUUUCCAAAUCCUUUGUUCACUACCGAAUCGGUAGCUGAACCUUCUCCUGAUUAUCACUUAUAAUAAGAUCUUCUCUCUUCCUAUCUCUUUCUAUCUAUGUUUCCUUUUUUAGUAUAAUUAUUUUAUAUAUAAUAUAAUUUUAUAAUCUCUCUUUUUUUUUUAUCGCGGAAUGCAUUUCAGACCACUCUUCCUAACUUGGUCAGUCUUGUAUUUCUAAAUGCAACUCCUCCAAUGACUACUUUUUAGAAUAUGCUCUCAAGGGUUUACAUAAUCAGUGUCACUAUCUUUCUAAAAAAAAAAUAACUUUACUAUUACAAAAUAUGUAUUUUCUAUUUAAGGUGACGGGAUUGCU